CCAUCCAGCAGUGCCAGUUUAGAUGCUGAGAAGACAAGAGAGCUUGAAUACACUUGCUUCCUGCAAGGCAGUGAGAAUUAGUCAAGCACUGAAUUAUCUCAUCACUAUCAAACCUCCCUGGGGGAAUCGCAUUGCUGUAAGUGAUCUAAGUGCUUAUUCCCAUUUUAGUGAUUACAAACCAGAUGAUUCUUUUGUGACCUUUUCCCUAUGGGGUCUACCCCAGCCUGGAAACAAAAGUAAGCGCCAGAAGCCCAAAGGAGCAGGAGAAGAUGCUUCCCCAGCUGCUAACCUCUUCUGAUGAUCCCCAUUGCUCUAAACCAAGAACUCUUGUGCUGACAAUUUUCCAAUGAAAGAUGGCAAAGAGGCUAUGGAAGAGUUCAGCACAUUGUAAUGGGAAUCUCGGUGGUCUGAGGCUGGUGCCUGCCUAGUAUAGUGGGCUUUCUGGACACUGUGUGUCUCCAAGCCACAGAAAGUUGGUGGGGAAGGUUAUGCAACAUCAGCCCUUGCCACUGGCUGGCUGGCUGGUAGUAUGAAGGUUCUGGAUUGGUCAGGUUUGCUGUAAUUGCUGAGUGGCCUGGCUUUCUGCCCUUGCUUUUUUCAAUGAGAAGUAGCACUACUACAGGCACCUACUACACGAGGCUGCUUCCAUCUCCUUCAUUCACAAAUCCAUUUCAUCACAUUUCCACAUUAAUCUGUUUUUUUUAAAAUUAAAAAUACAACUUGUAAGUAUGUAUUUUAUUAGAAAAUGCAUAUUUACAUAUGUAUUUUAUCUCAACACAUUUCUAAGGGUUGUAAUCAAGUCCUACUCAGAGCAAACCCACUGAAAUGAACAAACCUAAAUUAGUCAUGUUCAUUAACUUUUCUCACAGUGGCCGGCAAGAUGCCCCGAAGGGAAGCCCACAAGCAGGACAUGUGUGAAAUAGCGCUCUCCUCAUUUGCGAUUCAAUGGGUCUACUCUGAGUAGGAUGAGCAUUGAAUACUACCCAUUUUUAACAUGGUGGGGGAGGCAUUCAAUGUCAUGCACAAACAUUUCCGCUUGCCUGGUGGAACAAUAUCACCUCUUCUUCCCCAUGCAAACACACCUGAGCCAAUUGGGGAGGUGUGGAGGGAGAAGAGGGAGGGAAAAGCCCCGCUGUGCUAGAGGAAGGCUUUUGCUAGUGGGACCAGUUAGCUGAAUCCACCAUUGCAUGGGUGUAGCCAAGGGGGAACAGGCUCAUAGGAAACUGCACCCAGCUUUGCUCAAUUUCAGAGCUGGUAGGUGCAGGGGACAGCUUUCUUGGCUUUUUGUAAUUGAUGCAGGAGUGGCUUGCAGAUGGGGCACUGUUGCUUACCAAGAGGGGCUGGCUCAGUGCAGUUAAACCAGUGGAGCCAAUCCAGUGCUCCUGCCAGGACAUUGACCCCAGGAUGGCCUCCAAGUCAUCUUGCCCUUCUUCCUCCCAGUAAGCACCAGCAGCCUACCUACCAGGAAGCUACCUUAGCAGCUCUGCCCCACCUGGCAAGCCACUUCAGAAAACUGAGCAUUUUUGUUCUUAACUCAUGGGGUUUGUUUUAAAUCAGGGGUGGGAAUAUUGUUGGACUCCAGUUCACAUCAUCCCCAACCAGUGUGAGCAAUGGUAAAGAAUGAUGCAUUUUUUAGUCAAUGUUUGGAGGGCUACAGAGUCUCCUAUUCUAAAACAUGCCUAUUUACUAGGAAUAGUCUAGAGGACAUUUCCCCCGUGUUCUUGUGAAUCAGCAUUGUCUCGGCUAUCUGCAUUGCUGGUUGUCAGAUGCUAGUUUUAGUACCCUACAAAAACUAAGCAUCUGAGCUCUGCUCUAAUGAUGGUGGGGGGGUUGUCUUGCUCUCAGUAAGAGCAUAGCAUGGGAGCAUAUUUCUAAAAAGCAAAAUAAACUUUAAUCAUUUGAUCAUAUCUAAUAAUACAGGUUAGUGUAUUAAUCCAGGAAAUGAAAGAAGAAAAAGUCAGGGCUUGUGUCAAGGUUGUGUGUAUUCCAUACUUCAGGAUCACACCACACUAUUGCAGAAUUCAACAUUGGGCACAAUGCAAUAUCCUGAUAAUUGCUGCAUAAGCCCUCCCUCAAGCAUAUUCUAGUCAAGCUCUUACGACUGUGAGGAUAGAUAGAUCUGAAUAUGUGUGGGCGGUGACUUGUGAAAUCAUAGAAGCCAGAACAGGGACUAGUGUUUCUAGACACCUUCUCAUUGCUCUAUGUGUUACAUUGCUAGUUGAUGCAGAAAUAAAUUAUGCAAACUUGCUCCAUUUUCACUUACAAAACUUUAGCAUGUUUUGGUACAGAAUUCAUUGUGAGUGCAGUCCCCAGUGCAUCUACUUUUAAAGCUCUCAAUUUUUCUCCUAAUCUAAAUUUAAUUAUAUCUCUGGCUCUCUUGCUAGCUGUAACUUUUACAGCCUAGUUGGAAGGAUUUUAUUUUUUAUUUGUUCUACUCUAGACUAUCUUUGUUUGGUACUGAUAUUUCAGUACAAAUUAAUUUUUUUCCUGCAUGAAGCAGUACAGCAGUUGGUUUGCACGUUGUGCCUCUUUAAAAAAUAUUGUUAACUGAUCGAUCAAUCAAUCAAUCAAUCAAUCUCUGAUUAUGGGAUUAGUUGGGGAAAUAAUUUCACAGAUUCAAACUUCAAUUAGAGUAGGACGAUUGAGCUGUUCUCAUUAUUUCCCAUUCCAGCUGCAAAGGAUUCCUAGAGGAUAACAAGGAUUCCAGGAUAAGGACUUACUGAAGGUUGGAGGAUAGUUUCAUCAGUGCCAAAUAUUAGGUUGGGCUAAUUGUUGUCUAGGCUUGUUGGCCUCAAGCAAGCUUACUUUCAAGUAAGUCUGCUUGUGAUAUUGCCUAACGGAGAAAAAAACAUCAACCUUUCUGAUUGAGGGGGUAGGAAUAUAAGCAGAUUUGAAAAGAAGUGGAGAGCCUGCAAGAAGCUACAAUGGGUGAGAGUAUCCAAGCACGGCAUGUUUGUUGUUGUUUAGUUAUUUAGUCGUGUCCGCCUCUUCGUGACCCCAUGGACCAGAGCACGCCAGGCACUCCUGUCUUCCACUGCCUCCCGCAGUUUGGUCAAACUCAUGCUGGUAGCUUCGAGGACACUGUCCAACCAUCUCGUCCUCUAUCGUCCCCUUCUCCUUGUGCCCUCCAUCUUUCCCAACAUCAGGGCCUUUUCCAAGGAGUCUUCUCUUUUCAUGAGGUGGCCAAAGUACUGGAACCUCAGCUUCAGGAUCUGUCCUUCCAGUGAGCACUCAGGGCUGAUUUCCUUAAGAAUGGAUACGUUUGAUCUUCUUGCAGUCCAUGGGACUCUCAAGAGUCUCCUCCAGCACCAUAAUUCGAAAGCAUUGAUUCUUAUGGUCCAGCUCUCACUUCCAUACAUCACUAGCACUGCAUGCAUGUUAGAGAAUCCAUUUUCUCUCCCUGCCUCCCCUGCCUUCAUUGCUUUGACAAGGAAGUUGAAAUGAAAUCAGUGAUUCACUCAUCAGGCUGUAAAUAAUGAAGAGCUUUUCCCAGGCUAGUUAGUUGGAAGGGGGCUGUUAUCUCAGCUUGUCUCAAGCUGCAGUGUAGCUGUCUCAAGAAAAUGGUAUGGUACAUCAAAGGAAAAUCACAAGAGCAUCACUUCCUGUUCUUCUACCCCCUUGCAAAAAAAAAAAACCCCUUCUUUCCCAGGUUUUUUUAAAUAAUAUUUCUCCUAAAAAUAGAACAGAAGUCUUCAUAGCUGUCAAUGUUUCCCUUUUUUUAAGGGAAAUCCCCUUAAUCCGAAUAGGAUUCCUCGCAAGAAAAGGGAAAAGUUGACAGCUAUGGACUUCUGUGUCCACAAAAUGUGAUAAGGAAAGGAAGCAGGUGCAGAAGAAUGAUAGAAAAUAGUCUACUAAAUUUGCAGAGAAUGAAGUGUUUUCAUGGUUUGUGCUCAGAUGGACUGUGUGAUGUUAAAUGCUUCAGAGUCCAUGGUCUCCAAGGAUAAAUAAGUUCAAAAACUAAGCCCCCAAUGCAGGCCAGACAAGCCAAGUGCAGCUACUUAUGAGGUUUCUCAUUGCAUACAGGAUCAGGCUCCCAACUCUCACCUGCCUUUCCUAGGUAGAACAAUCACCUCUUCCCAGCUCAUGCAUCCCAAACCAUCCUUGAUGGCGCCUUUCCCAAGGCUCCAGUGUUUGUAGAAUGAAAGUUCUGGGGUUCUGCUGCUGGACCCUUUUUCACAUAGCCCAAGGCCACCCUCAAAGGCCAGGUCAUCCCAAAUCCUAGUGCAAUAUAGUUGGGGGAAACUGGGGAGGUCUUUUCUCAGGGCUCUCUCUGCAAAUGGCAGAAGGGACUGUAGUGGUGGUCUCAGUCUGGGUCUCUCCUUCUCCAGGAGGCCACUUACCACCUUCCCUCUAGGCUAUUUAAAUUCCUGAGCCUCCAUAGCCCUUCAAUAGGCCCUAGUGAUGGCAGCUGCUCCCAUCCCCACCUUGCUUCUGCCUUUACUGACUGAGUAGCAGCAGGCUUGGCUCCUGGAGAGGCAGAUUGAUGGCACCUUAAAGGGAAAGUCAGACAAAUAACUUGCCCAUGAGGGCAUCUGUGCUGAUGGGAAAACAUCUGACUGUGUCCAGCUGUCUUGUGAAACAACUCGAAACAGAGAAACCAAACUUUUUAAAGGGCCCACUGCUGUUAAGCUUCUUCAUUAUUCUAGCUCAGUUUCAGUUCAGGCACUCAGAUUUUUAAUAACAAUUGUGAUACCUUAAAGGCUAACAAAUUUAUUAUAUCAUAAGCUUUCGUGGACCAAAGUCCACUUUUUCAAAUGCAUGGUGUUCCGAGUUGAAGAUAUCUAUAUACAAGCGUUUCUCAGCUUACACAGGGUUACGUUCCAGGGAUCGUGCCAAAAGACAAAAUCGUGUAUAGUCAAAACGGAAUGCAUCAGAUUGUUAAGCAAUUACUGCACAGAAGCACUUCAGGUACAUGUUAUCCUGCCACAAGUCAUAAGAACAGAAGGAGAGUCUUGCUGGAUGAGGCCAGUGGCCCAUCUGGUCCAGCAUGUUGUUCUCACAGUGGUGAACCAGUUGCCUGUAGGGAAGCUUGCAAAGUGAGCAUGAGUGCAACAGCAGGUUGAAGUGGAUGGAGUGCCCCAAAGAGCAAGCAAGAUGCUUGAGCUAUGGCUGUGCUGUGAUCUACACAGGGUGGAGGAGCCACAUUGGUACUGGGAAGUAUUACAUCGCAUGUGCCUGAUUUUAAGAGUCAUCUUUUGACAGUUCUUGGGAGAACCAUAUCAGAGCUAUAGCAAAUGGAGGGACAGAGGCCACUGCAAAGAGGCUUGGCGUUAAGAACAGCCACCAAAUCUAUGUUUAAAGGCAUCCAGCAGUUGGACAGCUCCCUGUUCUCAGAGCAGUCUGUGCGCAAGGGCAGAAACUCAGCCGGUCCUUCCCAUGUGGGCUCCUUGACACAGGUCUUGUGGCCUGGCCUGGCUCUGCUGGACCCUUUCUGAUGCAUCAGGGAAGAGCUGCAGACCCAGAGGAUCAUUUUACACAAAAAACCUGCCAAUUGUCAGAACCAUAGUGUCUAGGCCAGCCUUUCUCAACGUUGGAUUCCAAACGUAUGUUGUUGGACUACAAAUCCCAUCAUCCCUAGCUAGCAGGACCAGUGGUCAGGGAUGAUGGGAGUUGUCAUCCGGCAGCAUAUGGGGGCCCAAGGUUGAGAAAGGCUGGUCUAGACUGAAUAACACAUACCCUUUGGUAAAGUAGCCCUCUGGUUCCUUUGUAUGAUUUCACUGGAUUUCCACCUCCUUCUGGCUAGGGGCGGAUGGGACUUGCUUGCACAAAAAAGAGUGUGUGGACAGUAUAUAAAAAAUGAAGCAUCUCCACAAAGCAUGUAGUGCUGUUUGUUUUGUGGCAAGACCUAGCAGAGUAGCAUAGCACCAGGGAUAGCAGCAGGACAAAAAGGCUGAGGGAAUGGGGGCUUUUUAAAUCCACUUUUCUUAUCCAAGCUCUGUAAAUAAUUAGAUCUCCCAGAGGCAAGCUGUGGUGUAAUACUUUGGAAAUUCCAAGGUAAGACUAUCUAGGAGGAGUGGAAGAAAUAUGUAUAUAGUAUGUAUGUAUGUGUGUAAUUAUAGAUCCCCUAGACCUUCUAUUGCAUAUGGGUGUCUAAAUAAACAAUGUAAUCAUAAACAGUAAGUGGGGGGGGACAUAAAGUAUCUGAACAGCAUAAUAAUAAGCAAGAACCAAAAUCAAUCACAAUUUAAAUUUUCAUAAAGCCCUCCCGCAUCUAAACAGGUUCAUAGUAAGGUGCUUAAAGAUGUAACCUGCCAGCUUUCAUGGGGUAGAGAGUUCCAUAGCCUAGGUGCCCCUGAUGAUAAGGCCUUGUCGUGACAUUUGGAAAACAAAAAUAGGGUUGGGAGGGCGAUUGUAGGAGGGGACCCUUCCAUAUUCAGGUCUGUGCAGAUUUACUUGGGAUUAAGGCACACUGGACGGGACGCGGGUGGCGCUGUGGGUAAAACCUCAGUGCCUAGGACUUGCCGGUCGUAUGGUCGGCGGUUCGAAUCCCCGCGGCGGGGUGAGCUCCCGUCUUUCGGUCCCAGCUCCUGCCCACCUAGCAGUUCGAAAGCACCCCUAAGUGCAAGUAGAUAAAUAGGUACUGCUUUAUAGCGGGAAGGUAAACGGCGUUUCCGUGUGCUGCGCUGGUGCCGGCUCACCAGAGCAGCUUCGUCACACUGGCCACGUGACCCGGAAGUGUCUGUGGACAGCGCUGGCUCCCGGCCUCUUAAGUGAGAUGAGCGCACAACCCUAGAGUCAGACAUGACUGGCCCGUACGGGCAGGGGUACCUUUAAGGCACACUGGAGUUGGGUUUGCAAGUAAGAAUGCAUAGGAUUUGGUUGCUGUUGAGCUGGUUGAGUAUGGAAACAGAAUAGGUGGACAGUGAGGUGUGUGCUGCAUGAGUUAGAUGGAAUGGGCAUUUCCUAUAAGCCUCUGGUGUUCCUAGGUAGCCCUUGACCUCUCUUUUCUCUCCCCUUCUAGGGCAAGCCUUAUGUCUUUGAUCGUGUCUUCCCACCCAACACUACCCAGGAUCAGGUGUACCAUGCCUGUGCCAUGCAGAUUGUCAAAGGUUAGUCUGGGUAUCGGUAAAAUGGUGGGCAUUUAGUAGGAGUUGUAUAAAGGGGCAGGAAGGGCGAGGCAGAAAGCCAACUGGGGAAAUAAAUGAGUCCUCUUUCUUUCUUUCUUUCUUUCUCUUGCAGAUGUGCUGGCUGGGUACAAUGGCACCAUCUUUGCUUAUGGGCAGACAUCCUCGGGAAAGACUCACACCAUGGAGGUGAGAAGGCAUAUAAUAUAAUAUAAGGCAUGGAAAAAACUAGGUCAUAGCUAGGAAGCCACUGACAAGAAGGCCAUGUCAUAAGUUCAAGAAGCAAAAGUGGAAUGGGGUGAGGAACCUGUGGCCCUCAAAAUGGUGUUGGACUUCAACCCUCAUCAGUCUCAGCUGGCAUUGUAGUCCUGGGGUUGCAGUACAUCAACCACAUCUCGAGAGACACAGGUUCCCUACCCCAGUGGUAGGGGAUCCUUGCCACCUUACCACCUGGAGAUGGGACUAUUUAUCCCCUAAAAGCUUAGCUCUAAAACAUUUGAGGAGAUCCUGAUGUUUCUGUUCCUCCAGGGUAAGCUGCAUGACCCCCAGCUCAUGGGUAUCAUCCCUCGCAUUGCCCAGGACAUCUUCAACCACAUCUACUCUAUGGAUGAGAACCUGGAAUUCCACAUUAAGGUCAGAGGCAUACGGAAUAGCGGUGGGGCCAGGGGUAUGGGCAACAGUGGUGGCUACUGGGAACAAAGGAUCUGUAUUUGCAAUGGGUGGGAUGCUCAAAUGAGAUGGUUGGAAAGGCACAUCUUGGUCAGGGAGUCAGAUCCUCUGGUUCCAGGGCUGGCAAAGGACCUCCGGUAGGUGAACUCAGCUGGUGAACGUGGAGGGAAAGUUCAAUAAUAUUUCUUGGGCAUGAGCUACCCAGACAAAACUAGUGCAGAGAAUCGAGAAGCUUUACAGGAACCAUAGCUCAAUGGAAGAGCACAUGGUUUCCAUGAAGAAAGUCCCAAGUCUGAUCCCUGGCAUUUUCAGUAAAAAAACCCUAAAAAAUAAAAAUCAGGUAAUGGGAAAUAUUCUCUGCCUGAGAUGAUGGAAGGAGCCACUUCCAGUCAGAGCAGACAAAGCUGGGCUAGACAGGAAAAUACUCCGGCCUGGUAUAAGGCAACUUCCCAUGUUCCCAUAGGCAGCAGUGACAUGGGACAGGUGCUUUGGGGUCCUAGGACCAGAAGGAUUUGGGUCUUAAAGGGUCCUGCAAAUCAGCUAGUGAAAGGUUAAUCUCCACUCCUUUCACCCUAUGGAGCAGGGAGCCAAGGCCUGACACAAAGCAGUCCAGGGAAGAAGGGCUUAUUCACACUUACCACCCCACCCCCACUUUUCAGACACUGCUCUGUGCUUAAAAGCUAUGUGUCCAUGUGUGUGGUUUAUUUUUUCAGCCUUCCCCUUGAAAAACUACUUUGUAGUGCUUUGGAGUAAAUACCAAUUUGGGUUUUCCAUGGGUGACUGUUUGCUCUGAUUCAGCUUUAAAGAGCAGGUUUUUAUGGGGAAAGCUCUGGAGCAACAACAACCACAAAAGCAGGGAUCCUUGGACAUGGAGCUUUAAAGCAUGGACCUUUGUCUGGAGAGAGUGGGGCAAAAGGUAAGUGUGGAUAAGCCCUCAGGUCCACUGUUGUAUUUAAAGAGGCUAUAAAGGUCAGGACUGAACAAAGGGGCCAGUCCUCAACUGCAGGGCUCCCCCUCUGUUUUCUCAAGGAAUUGUUGGCAGUUUCAUCCACACCCUCCAUGUAAUGCAUAUGGCACCCCCCAAAGAAUCAUGGGGACUGUAAUUGGUUAAGGAUGCUGGGAAUUGCAGUUCUGUGAGGGGUAAACUACAACUCCCUGGAUCCUUUGGGGGAAGUCGUGACUGCUCAGAAGCAGCAUAAAUAUGCUUUAGAUUAGAUGUAUGGUGUAGAUGUGUGACAAGAGUGUAUCACUUAUUCUCACUUUGAGCACUGUGGUUCUUAGAAAGGUAUGUGGUCACAAGGAUGAUACCUGAGGGAAAAUUGAGGGCCCCCACAUCUUUAUGUCUGUUCUAUUUAAUUACUCUCUCUCCCCAUCCCAGGUUUCCUACUUUGAAAUCUACUUGGACAAAAUCCGUGAUCUGUUAGAUGGUGAGUUAUCAUCAGGGAUGUUGAGGGGAAAUGGUACGAACAGGGCAUUGAAAGAGUAAAGGAGAAGGGCUUGAUAGGAAAUAGUGACAUGGGGGGAUUUUGUCUGGGGUGCUGGCCCUGGUGAAGGACUGAAGUGAAAUGUAUGCUCCUGGAUCAACUGUGCCCUCUUUGAAUGAUCUCCUCUCCUUGCCCAUAGUGACCAAGACCAAUCUUUCUGUUCACGAGGACAAGAACCGGGUACCAUUUGUGAAGGUGAGAUUCCUGGGCAAGUGUCACACUCCUGGCCAAAAUGGAAGGGAGAGAGCACUAGUGGCCUGAGUGUUGGGUCUAGCCAGUGGUUACCUCAGGGGUGCAUUUUUAAGCUUUGGAUGGGAAGGCAGGAUUUUCAGUAAGAUUCCAAGGCUUGUGCUUGGAUACAUCCAAGUUUAAGUUAACAAAAAGGCAGUUUUGAGAGCAGUUACUGUGCUGGUCAUUAAAUCUCAUAAUAACUAGAGGUGUAGAUACUUUUGUAUAAUUAUCAUGGUCUAACCAGUCCCCACAAUUUUCUCCCUUCCUCAGUCGAACCUUUGUGUAUAUCCUAAGGCCUCCUGCCCCAACUUGUGCCUUACAGGUAGUGAUGAACUCCAGCUCCCAUCAUCCCUUGCCAUUGGCCAUGCUGGCUGGGUCUGAUGGACAUUAUUAUCCUAAAAAAUGCAGAAGGGCACUAGUUUAGGGAAACCUACCCUAGGGCAUCUGUCUACGGCCAGAAGACAGGGGCAGCUGCCCAGGUUGAGCUGUGUGAGGCGUGGUGGUGGUGGCAGCCUGGAUUAAAAAAAAGAGAAAUGAGGUCAACAUCACCAUAUAUACUAUGACAAAUGCCCUUUUCUUCUCCCCCCCUCAGGGCUGCACUGAGCGCUUUGUCUCGAGCCCUGAAGAAAUCCUGGAUGUCAUUGACGAGGGGAAAUCUAACCGUCAUGUGGCUGUUACCAGUGAGUUCUGAGAAAUAAAAAUGGGCCGGAGGGAUUAUGAUGGUGUGGUUGGGUGAAUGGGGAGCUCUGAACUAGUUCAGUACAACUUGUUUGUUAUAAUCAAACCCCUCAGUGGUGUCUGCCAUGGCAGGCUGGCUGCAUGCGGUUUGGUGGGUUGCAAGUCGUUACAGGCGUGGUCUGUAUCCCAGGAAACACUGGGAUAGUACUAUGUUCAUGCUAAGGGAAGGACUGAGUGAGGUGGGCUCAGGUUUCAAGCAGAGAGAGCUACUCCUAAUAGAUUCUCACACUUUAAUAAACGAAAGCCACAUUUAAGACACCAUGAUGCCACUUUAAACAGCCAUGGCUUCCCCCAAAGAAUCCUGGGGGCUGGAGUUUAUUAAGGCUGCUUCGUGUUCUUAGGAGAUCCCUAUAUUCCCCUCACAAAAGGGGAAUUAUCUGCGAAGAGGAACUGAAAAAUGUAGUUCUGGAAGGGGAACAGAGGUCUCCUAACAAACCUCCACACAGCAGACUGCAGCAACCAGAAUUCUUUGGAGUAAGCCAUGAAGGUUUAAAGAGGGAUCACGAUACUUUAAAUAUCAGGUGUGAACACAGCCUAGGGGUUGACAAGCAACACGUGCUUGAGCCUUGUUAAACCUUUAUAGCAUCUACACUGAAAAGUUGUGGGCCCUUCCAGACAUCCUUUUUAUUGUGAGUUCAUUAUUAUUUUUCCUCAGAAUGCUAUUGGGGUGGUCAAAUGUGAUCCCUUUUUCAAUACUGUUGGUGCAGGAAUGGCUAUUGAACCCUUUUAAAUCUGUGACGUGGAAAUACCCUUUCUGCUCCAGUGUGUCUCAAACACAGGAAAAUAAAAAUUACCAGGAAUUAAAUAUGACUUCUCUAUUUACUUAUUUACUUUUUAAAAAAUUGAGCCUGGUCGUGGAAAUGAAAGGUGUCAAAUUUGAAAUGUCUGAGAUGUGGAGCCUGAGAUAUAGACAGUAUUGUUUAUUCAUUCACUUAUGACAUAUAUAUCUUGCCUUUCCUCAAAGGAGUGAACACGUCUCUCUCCACAAUUUUUUCCUCACAACAAUCCUGUGAUGUAGUUUAGGCUGCGAGAAACGGAUUAGUCUGAGGUCACCCAGCAAGCUUUAUGACAGAGUGCUGAUGUGAACCUGGGUCUUCGCAGUGCUAGCCUGACACCCUAACCUCAGUCAGAAGUGAUGGAUGAUAGCUCAGUCAGUGGUGCAUGAGACUCUUAAUCUAAGGAUUGUGGGUCCGAGCCCCAAAUUGGGCAAAAGAUUCCUGCAUUUCAGGGGGUUGGACUUGAUGACCCUCAUGGUCCCUUCCAACUCUACAAUUCUAUGAUUCUAUAUGGAAAGGAUGGAGGUUCCCAUCAUGGACUUUGGGUUAAAGAGGGCCAGUGAGCUAGACUGUGAUUGGUAAGUAACAUACCAGGGAGCUGUGGUGGCAAUGGGGCUUCUGUGUAGCAUCAGUGCUUUGGGAAGGUGUGUUCUGGCUUCUGUGAAUCUCAGCCACGUCUUAACAGAGUCUCUAAUCCAACUGUGAAAUCAUAAACAACAAUCUUGCUGCACCCUAGAGGCAGUGUGUGGUGUUGCUCCCAAUCAUGCCUAAGUCACAAAACAUGGACCUGCUAUUACACAAACAGCACAGAGUGUGAUAACAUUCUUCCUGGGCUUACAAUUUCAGCUGCGAGUCUGCAUGACUGAAUAUUCCCUCGUUUAUCAAAUAAACCCUUUAUUUUUCUUAGAAAAAUAAGAUAAGCGUUCUAAUACAGCCUCACAUUUUGUGUUUUCUGAGCACAGUAAUUCCAUCCUCGCCUCAGCCUUUGGGAAGUAAGAAAUAUUUGAGAAAAAUGUUUAUGCAUUUGUAUGUGUGGAUUCCAGGCCACACACAAUACCCCCUUUAUCCAGAGAGUUGGACAAGACAUGAUGAGGCCAUACUGUGUUGCUCAUACUGUGCCUGCAGUGGUUCACAGUUGGAGGCAAAGUGCCUCUUAAUACCAGUUGCUGAGAACUGCAGUGAGGAGAGUGGCUGAUGGACUCAGGCCUUGCUGUGGGCUUCACACAGGCAUCUGGUUGUCUGUUGUCAGAACAGUGUGCUGGACUAUGGUGAGCCUUUGGCUUGAUUCACCAGGGCUCCCUCAUGUUCAUUUCAUUCUUCUCUCUGGUCAAAUGGCUCUUUGAGUGUUUUUUUCCUAAUGCAUUGACAUUUGUCCAGAGACCACAGUGAAAAAGACACAAGUGUGUGUACAAACAAUUGGGUAACAACACCUCUAUUCUGCCUGUGAAACUAUUUAAUUGAAUACCACCCUAGGCCUAGAUAGGCAUCGAGUUGGGGUAUUUUUUUUUCCAGUGCAGGAAAUCCCUGCUCAGAAUUUCCCUAUAGGGAACCGGCUUGGUUCUAGCACUCCCAUGUUCUCACUGUUUUGCCCCUGCAGACAUGAAUGAACACAGUUCCCGCAGCCACAGCAUCUUCCUCAUCAACAUCAAGCAGGAGAACAUGGAGACUGAACAGAAACUGAGUGGGAAGCUUUACCUGGUGGAUCUGGCUGGCAGUGAGAAGGUGCUGGGGUUUUUUCAAGGGGGUGUAGGUGCCAGGUAUCCCUGGCCCAGUUGUAGAGUCAGGCGAGGUCUAAUUUCUCCCAUAAACAAAAGAUUUAGCUGUCCCAUGUUGGAAAUCUAUACAGAUCCCAGCAAUGCCUGAAAUAAUUAUACUUAUCAACAAUUAUUCAACACAGUAAUCAAGCUUCUCUUUUUUCCUGGCAGGUCAGCAAGACUGGAGCUGAGGGAGCUGUCUUGGAUGAGGCCAAGAAUAUCAACAAGUCCCUGUCAGCGCUUGGCAAUGUCAUCUCUGCUCUGGCUGAGGGCACGGUGAGCUCUGGUUCCUUGGGAGACAAUAGCUUUGCACUAUUUAGACUGGAACACCAAACACAUGAAGCCGUUGUGUCUGAGCAUGUUCAGCCAGCCUUAAAUAGAACAAACUAGAGCAACAUACAACCAGCAAUGCUCAGCAAAGCAGGGCAGCAGUGCUCACCUGACCUCCUGUUACUGCCUCACUGUGUCGUCCUGGGAGGGAUGAAGUGGUGGAGAGUUUGGUGAGGUGCAAAUGCGUCUGUCGGAGUGCCAGAUUGGCCUCACCAGCCUGUUUGCGCCAUGCUGGCCUUGCCACCACCUCUUCCUUCCUCCUCUCCCUACCAGUAGUACACUGCAAGGACUUGAAUAACAGAAAGUAAGCUAAGCCACCUCAUGGACCACUGCUGCAUACAUCCUGUAAGCUCUCCACAAGAGUCUUGUAUAUCCUGCAGGCUGCUAUUAGAGCUCUGAGAGUUUCCCACAGAGGUAAGUGUGUAAAUGUGGAGGCAAAUGUGUUGCAUUCAGGCACAGGAAAAGAACAGUGGGCAGUCUCCUUAACUACAGCCCAGCUUUCAGAUGCCCACUUAGACCAGGAUAAACCCUGCUGCAGGCUUGUGUUGGGAGGUCUGUCAGAGAGCUGUAUAUAACCUAGUAAAUAAAUAAAUAAAUAAAGUCACCAACGUUUGUAUAUAGCCUAAAUUUAGUAGUCAAAGUUCAACAGACAAAGCAGCAAACUAGUUAAAAUCCAGAAUCAACAAGGUGUUAUAUCAUUAAAUCUCUGUAUUAUUAUCUGAAGGUAAUUGGAAACAUAACCAAUAACAAGUGGAUGUUAUCUUGAAUUGUCUCUCAGCAGCAAAAAUAUUGGUACCAUGAUAUUUGAAGAGAGCACAUAUGCUUUCCGUUAACUGGAGAAAAGCAAGAAUGUGAAAAUUAAGUGAUUAUGCAAGGUUUCAAGAGGGAAUGUUCUCCACCAUGGAUUCAUGGCAAAGGCAGCAGGUGCUUGUGAGAUUUAGGGUAUAGAGGUUCUACAGUUGUGGGGAGUUCCCCCUUAGGAUAUGUUUUCUAUUAAAAAAAAAACCCAAAUAAAUUAAAUUCUGCAAACCUUUGAUUCUCCCAAACCUGUUGACCCCUCUGUCUUGUGCAUGGAUUAUGCCAUUUGGCUAUAUGGACUGGCACUUUGAGAUCACUAUGAAUAUACAAUCCUAGAAUUGUAGAGUUGGAAGGAACCCAAGGGUCAUUUAGUCCAACCUCACGCAAUGCAGGAAUCUCAACUAAGCAUCCAUGACAGAUGGACCUCUUUUUGCUUAAAAACCUCCAUUAACAAUGAUUACUGGUCAACAGCUAUAACGAGCUAGCAGCUUCAUACUUGAUGUUGUUUGGGUAUCCUAAGAAACCAAAAAGAAAAUUGCCAUUUUGAAACCAAUGGUUAAAAUCAGUGCAGUUUUGAAAGGUUCGGUCUGGCAUCUUGAUUUAAAAUGGUUCCCAAUUGUAUACAGAGAUGAAAACCUGCUGUUUUAUCUUAGGAACCAUCAUGCAAACUUUGGGCUACAAUAUCUUUUUUUAUUAUUUUAAUAAAUUUUAUUAACAAUUUCAACAUAACAAAUUAUCAAAACAAAUCAUCUUCAUUAAUUUCUCCCCCCACCUCCCCAAUGAACCCUCCCUCCCUCUCCUCCAACACUUCCCUCAGCUCCUCUCUCUGAUUUCUCAACUCAUGUUUUUCUCUGCAUUCUGUAAAAUGGGUUACAAUAUCUUAAGAGGUUUAUUCAAAUGCAUAUUGAAUAAACAAAAAAAGCAACUUUCCAAAUAUAUAGUAGAUUAACUACCAUUGGUUGAGAAAUAUCCAAAUUUUUAUGGAUAAAUUUAUAUUCAGUAGUAGAUUGAUUCCAAAAUGACUUGGGUAAAAUGAAUUUUCCUUUCCCUUCUAAGAGGGUGCCGUGGAGUGUUUUGGGGUGUCUGGUGGCCAGUUUUGCCAGUGCAUGAAUACCAGUAAGUCAAAUGUGCCUGCUUCGUACUGUCUUAUGCAGAAGAGCUACGUGCCCUACCGGGACAGCAAGAUGACUCGCAUCCUCCAGGAUUCCCUUGGUGGAAACUGCCGCACGACCAUGUUCAUCUGCUGCUCACCUUCCAGCUACAAUGAUGCCGAGACCAAAUCUACACUCAUGUUUGGACAGAGGUAAUUACCCAGCCACAUCCUACUCCUUUCAUUGAGUUCUGUUGCAGGGAAAGACAAAAAAUGAAUGUUGCUGGAAAAGUUGCAAGUCUUAGAAACACACACAGUUUUCCUUCAGGCACAGGGAAUUUAAGAGCAAAAGUUUGGGGGAAAGUAGAUUUUUACCUGGCAAGGCAAAAUUCCUAAUCACUUGGAAUAUAUGGGGUAUGCACUACAGCUGGAAAUUUAUCUAACAAUAAUUCCUUCUCUUCAGGGAGCCCUGUAUCUCUGUGAAGGGUAUUUGGCAUCCCUAACACAAUUAUCUGCGUAAAGGAUCUUACGCUUAGUUCUGCCCCACUGCAGGGCCAAGACAAUCAAGAAUACAGCAUCGGUGAAUCUGGAACUGACAGCUGAGCAGUGGAAGAAGAAGUUUGAGAAGGAGAAGGAGAAGAACAAGGUCCUGAAGGAGACAAUUGCCAAGCUGGAGGCUGAGCUAGGGCGCUGGCGCAAUGGUGAGCAGGAAAUCCGCAGGCUGUGUUUGGAUUGCAGUUCAAUCUACUUCUGUUGCAUCUUUUUAAGAAGGCAUGGGACUUUCUUUUUUAUAAUGCUUUUUAUUAGUUUUCUUACAUUUUACAAAUUGUUCCAUUUCUUACUAACAAAUAACACACACACACACAAACACACACACAAAAUUGAAGAAUGUAGGAAAAUAAUAAAAAAGGAAGAACAUACCGUAUUUUUCACCCUAUAGGAUGCACUUUUUCCCCUCCAAAAAUGAAGGGGAAAUGUGUGUGCGUCCUAUGGGGCAAAUGCAGGCUUUCGCUGAAGCCUGGAGAGCGAGAGGGGUUGGUGCGCAGUGACCCCUCUCGCUCUCCAGGCUUCAGGAAGCUCUGCGCAACCCUCGGGAGACCGGUGCGACUUCACGUAGGUCUCCCGAGGGUUGCGCAGAGCUGCCUGCAUUCCGAAGCCUGGGGCGCGCUGAAGAGCAUGCCCGGGCUUCGCGCAGCUCUCCGCAAGCCUGGGGAGACCGGCAUGACUUCCGCCGGGCUCCCUAGGCUUGCGGAUAGCAGGCUGUUCUUGGGGCUGGGGUCGGGGGAAGCUCGGGCUUCCCCCGCACCAGCCCCGUGCUUGGGGGGGAAAUAAUUUUUUUCCCCUUUAUUCCCCCCCCCCAAAAAACUAGGGGCAUCCUAUGGGGCGGUGCGCCCUAUGGGGCGAAAAAUACGGUACAUACAUCCAUAAGUUCUUAAAAGAAAACUUAUGCCACCAUAUUCUGAAUUUCCAAUUACUUAGCUUUCCCAAUAGAUGUCUUCCAAUAGAUGUCUGUCUUAUCUUUUUGUUAAUCUGCUUCUUUGGUACUGAUUCUCCUUUUCAUUUUUUGGCAAUCAGUAUUCUUGUUGCUGUUGUAGAAUAUAGAAAUAUUCUCCUUUUUUCAUCUGGAAUAUCUGAAUCUAAAAUGCCCAAGAGGAAGGCUGCUGGUUUCUUUAUAAAAGUUUGCUUAAACAUUUUUUUUUCAGUUCCUCAUAAAUAGUAUCCCAGAAAUUCUUAAUUUUUUUACAGCCCCACCACAUAUGAAGCAAUGUCCCUUCUGCCUGUUUACACCUCCAGCAAGUAUUAGAUCUCAUUUUAUACAUUUUGGCCAGUUUGCUGGGAGUUAAUUACCUAUAGAACAUCUUCAAGAAAUUUUCCUUUAGUGGAUAACAGGCCGUAAAUUUCCAUUCUUUAUUCCAUAAUCUUUCCCAUGCUGAUGAUUGGAUAUUCUUGCCAAAAUCUUUUGCCCACUUAAUCAUUACUUCUUUCACCUCUUCAUCUUUCACCUCCCACUCUAAAAGAAGCUUGUAUAUUCUAGAUAUUACUCGUUUCUUAUUUUGUAUUAAUUCUUUAUCUAAUUUUGAUUCUUCUGUUGCAAAACCAUUUUUCCUGUCUAUCUUAAAAACCUCAUUUAAUUGGUAAUAUUGUAGCCAGUCCGUUAGGUGAUGUCUGAUUUCUUCGAAUUUUUUCACUUACGAUUGAUUAUCUUCUUCUAAUAGGUCUUUGUACAUGGCUCAGUUUGUUUCCAUAUUUUUUCUUUUCACUGCAAUGGCCUCCAGAGGGGAUAACCACCAGGGAGUUUUUGGUUCCGAUACAUCUUUAUACUUUUCCCAUAACUUAUAUAGUGACUUCCUUAUGAUAUGAUUCAGGAAGCCUCUAUGAAUUUUACCUUUUUCAUAUCUCACGUAGGCAUGCCACCCAAAGCGAUUAUCGAAACCUUCCAAAUCUAGUAAAUCUGAGUUCUGCAAUGUCAUCCAUUAUUUUAGCCAACAUAAGCAAGCCGAUUCGUAAUAAAGUUUCAGGUCUUUCAAGGGACACAUCACCAUCCACAUCCACCCCAUGUAUUUGGAGUGGGAGGUGUCCUCUGGCACAAGUGGGCUUGUUCUUGUUGAAAGUUUUCCCUUUGGGAAACUACCCCACCUUCUUUUAAAAUGAUACAAUAAUAAUUGCACAUCCUCCCAUCAUAGCAGCCAUCACACAGACCAAAAUUGUGGUGGUGGAGAAAUACUUGUAGCAAGAAUUAUGACCAUGUCUGCAUCUGGGGACAACCACAGCUGAUCUUUGCUCCCAGCAACCUACUAUCCGUUUGUUUCAAAACAUAGUACAACAUUCCACACAAGCAAUUUGUUACAGCACUACUAACAGUAUAACAUUUUAGAUUCACUGUAAAAUAGGUGAUAUUGAUUACUAGAACACAUAUCAGUUGAUAUUGUUUAAGUUGAAAUAAAUAAACUAGAGUCAUAUAUGAUAGCACUUUUCAGGGCACUUGGGUAUUAAUACAAAAUAUAACCACCUUCCAAUUCUUCAAAGUGCCAAAGGCAGGAAAUGGCAAACAGAUUUCUUAGAAUAGGAGUGGCCAAUGUUGUGGGGCAGCACUGCGUAGCUGCCUUCAUGACAGCAUCCAAAUAAGGUGCUGCUGCUUAUUUAAAUCAUGUGGGGAUGGGACACAGUGGGGUUUUUUAUUAUUUUAAUUGCUUUUUUUAAACAAUCCUCCCAGGUGAGAACGUCCCAGAAACAGAGCAGCUGAGUGAUGAUGAGAAGGUGGUGCCUGAUACCUGUGAUGAGAUGCCUAUGAAUGACAACAACUCCUCCAUUGUCAUCCGGAUCUCAGAUGAGGAGCGGCACAAGUAUGAGGAGGAAAUCCGCAAACUCUACAAGCAACUUGAUGACAAGGUCUGAGGCCUCCCCUCCUUCCUUUAUGCUGUUCAGCCUCCCCUCCCCCUCGGGUCGCUUGGAUGCCUGAAAUUCUACCCUCACCUCAGACCCUGAACCUUUCUCUCCAUGCCUGGUAUCUUGUGUCUGUGGCAGAGCACGUGGUGGCUACCACCACUGACAUGUUUGUUUCCUCUCCAUCCAGGAUGAUGAAAUCAAUCAGCAGAGCCAACUGAUGGAGAAGCUCAAGCAGCAGAUGCUGGACCAAGAGGAGGUGAGCAGUGCUGUAUGUGUUUGUUUACAAGAGUUUGCUUCUAUGUUGACAUGUAUGUGCAUGCAUGCUGGUGUGAACUUUGUCUCUCUCCUUGCUAUGUUCUUUCUAUUGAGUAUAUCAUCUUUAUACUUGCAUGCUGCAGUCAUAUCUGACCCUUCCUUCAAGGAACUUAUGGUGCCCCUUCCUAUUUUGCCUUCACAAGAACCCUGUGAGGUAGCUUAGGCUGGGGGAUUUGAACUCUGGUAUUCCAGUCGAAUAUGCUAACCACUACCCCAUUCCAGCUUGCAUGCUUUCUCUCUCAUUGUGGUGAUCACACACAGGGCCCCCGGACGCUUGACGGUCUAUUGACCCUGUGCCGCCACUGCGAUUGCUUUUUCCGCUGCCACCACCCCUUAUCUCACGGGGACACAUGGAGUCCAGUCAGUUGUUAACAUAAACAAAUAAUCAAGUUUACUUUUAAAUGCAGGAACAAGCUUAUGGUUUCAGUUAAUUUUUCUCUUGUCAGUUUCUUAUUCUUAGUUCCUAACAACUCCAAACUGAUUAUUCCAACUAUCUAUCUGACUCCACCUAACAAUUCCUCUCACUCUCUCACAAUACAACUCUACCAACUCACACCUAAACCUCCCUCUUCCUUCUUCAACUCCCACACCUCAACUUACUUUCAAAACCCCCCACUCUAACUUUUACUCUCCCCUUGCAUUCUCACUGGCCAAUCAUAUCACACCCAUUUUAACCCUUUCCUUAUGAUCCACCCUAGGAGGCAAACGCCACACUCAUGCUCACUCUCUUUCUCUUCAUCUUCUGGCUUAUCCACACGUACCGUUGCUCCACAUUUCUAGGCACCUGUCUGAGAAGACAUAUUUUUUUUUGCCCUGGAGCUUUCUCCUCAAAUUCUCACUCUUUACCACUGAAUCAGAGCAAAUGACAAUCAAUGGAAAACCUGCAUUGCCCUUUGUCCCAAAUUAAAGAGCGGAUUUUCCUGGGGAAAGUGGCAUGGCAAAACAAAAAAGCAUUUGGACAUAGAUUGGGAAAGAGCAGAGUUGUGUGUAGAAAGCAUGGGGCAAAAGGUAAGAGUGGACGAGCCCUCUCUCUUGACACUCCUCUAUCGCACUCUGUUCGGAUGCCUGUCUAUCCCACAUCAUCGCUAUUUGAGCCUCCUGUUCAGUCCGUCUUGCUUCUUUCUUGACUGCCCUUGACAACUUUUGGCUUACUGGGUCCUUCCUUAUCCCAUUCUCUGCCUCUUCCCCACCAGCUGCUAAUGUCAACUCGUGGGGACAAUGAAAAGGUGCAGCGUGAGCUAAGCCACUUGCAGUCAGAGAACGACUCAGCCAAGGAGGAGGUCAAGGAGGUGCUGCAAGCUCUGGAAGAGCUGGCUGUCAACUACGACCAGAAAUCCCAGGAGGUAGAAGAGAAAAACCAGCAGAAUCAGCUGCUGGUGGAUGAGCUGUCCCAGAAGGUGGUAAGUGCUGGGAUGCCAGGUCCUUCCUUGGGGUUAGUAAACCUUGAGAUCCCUUGGUAGAGGAGGAUCAGGACCACAUUGAAUCUUGGCUUAGUCCUCAAGAGUAUAGUGUGUGUGUGUGUGUGUGUGUGUGUGCGCACGCAUAUACUCUGCAAUUCUGCAAAAGCAUAGGAAAAGUGCACAGUGCUGCAAAAGCAUAGGAAAAGUGCACAGUGCAGAACUGGGUGAAUUCACCUUCCUGAAAAUUUCAGCUUUUAAAAUAAGAAUCAAGUAUCUACCCCUUAUGGCUGCAAAAAUAUUCUUGAAAGCAUCUGACCAAUGUCUGCUAAAAUCUCUGGAGUCUGAAGAGCACUUAAAUAAAAUUUCCUGUUGUUGGGGAUUCUGUCCUCCACAUAGCACCUUACUCCUCAGCAUAACUAGUACUAGCAGUAUAAAUUACUCAAAACAGUAAAAAAGAAAAAUUAUUAAGAGUAUGAGAAUCUGGAGCUUGAUUUGCAUAAUUUAUACAGAUUGCAGAAUUCAUUUAUUCUUGGUGCAGAAUGCUAAUCUUUCUUCUUUCAAGUGUAGAAUGUACUCAGUCCUGCCUUUGAGUGAACUCACAACAGUCUUUCAGUGAGGCAGAGCUAGAGCAGAGAAAGCCCCCAUUCACCCUUAGUCUUCUGAUUGCUGAGGCACUUCAGUUUAGAUCCAAUUUCAGGUCCAUUGCUUUCAGCCAAGCGCUCCUUGCAAGUGCUCCUUUGAAGGCUUUGUCCAGUGGCGGACUUUGGGUUCUCAAAUUUCAGUGGCAUCCUGCGAGAGACGCUAAAAUUCAGUGCUCCUCCACCUCGCACACUGUGUUCUACAGCAUUGUUUUGGUGCCCCCUGCAGUGCGACACCCAGUGCGACUGCACCUGUCACACUACACUAAAACUGCCUCUGUUUGUCCUGCAACAUGUGAAUCAAGAGUUCCGUAGAAAAUGUUGACCUAAACUUUCAGGAAUGGAUUGUACUAGCAUUGUGAUAUGGCAUUUAUUUCCCUCCGAGGCUUCUGUUUGCAGAAUCUGGUCCACUUCAUUUUUUUUUAUUUUUAAGAUAUUUAUUAGGAGUUUGCAAGUUACAGAAAAAGAAAAAGAACAAUAAAGAAUUAAACAAAACAAAGCAAUAUCUUACAAUACAUUAAAAAAAAACAAAAAAACAAAAAAACAAUACAAUAAAAUAACAAAAAAACAGAACAAAAAUAUUUAAAAACACAUCCAACUUUUCCAUGUCUUUACCUUUCAUAUACUUGCUUCAUCGACCUCCUCACACCUCCCUUUUUUGUAUUCGAGUUCAAUUAGCUAUUUCAGCAAGUCCUUUCCAUCUUUCUCAAUUUUCGUUCUAAAAUUUAACUUAAGACACUCUAACCUUAAAUUUUCCACUUUGGUCCAUUAACAAUCUAUUUUUACUUAAUUCUUUAUAACAUUCCUGCUAAAGCCAUAUAGCUUCAUUCCAGCAUCCUUCUAAAGAAUCUGGUCCACUUCAAAUGACAGAGCUGGGAGGGAAGCUUUAACCCAGCCUUUGCCAACCUGGUGUCCUGCAGUUGUUCUGGACUAUGACUCACAUUGCCCUAGCCAUCCCAUAAGCCUCUGCUGAUGGGAGUUGUAGCCUAACCCUUUAUCCUGCCAAAAGAGAGGGUUCCUUGUUUGCAAAUCAGAAGUUCAGUUUUCUUGGGUUGGCUGAACCAUCUUCCCACCCUGCAGGCCACCAUGCUGUCCUUGGAAUCAGAAUUGCAGCGGUUGCAGGAGUUCAGCGCGCAUCAGCGCAAGCGCAUUGCUGAGGUCCUCAAUGGCCUCAUGAAGGAUCUGAGCGAGUUCAGCGUCAUCGUGGGCAAUGGUGAGAUCAAGCUGGUAAGAAAGAGGGGAGACACUUGGGAAGAACACCUGGUGAGAAUAUACAAUAUUGUAUGUAUUAUGGACCUGCAAGAGAUUCCUAGCUUCAGCAUUGGCCCUUCCCAAUUUUACUUUUAUUACAGAAAAUAGCAACACAAGGGUUAACUGGAGUUGAUGGUGCCACCUCUGGGCAGGCUGGUACUAUAACUGUGUGUUAAGCUGUGAGGCGGGAUUUCUACAUACCAGGUCUGAAAAGAAACAGGACAACCUGGAAAACCAUUGGAAUCCAAGUGUUGUAUCACGUGUUAGCCUUAGAGGAAAACUCACUGAAAUUAAUAGACAUGGCUAACUUAGGCCCAUUAAUUUCAAUAGUUCUCCUCUGAGUUAAACCAUUCCCAGUCCAAAAAGAGGGAAUGAAGGGUGGCAAAUCCAUAUUAAAUAGCUAAUGUGGAAGCAACCAGUUUGAAUGGCUCUGCUUGCAAGGGUCAUGUGGUUGAACUGUGUGCCCCAGACAGUGGCUGCUUCAACACUGUCGGUAUGUUGCAGGGUGGUUUUCAGCCAUAUCCCAGCAAAUUUAGGGUAUUCAAUUAAACUGGUUUUGGUGCUCUUGUCCAUCAAGCCCACUUUUUAAAAAAUGAACUUUUUGUGGUAAGGAAAAUGAUAGGAAAACGCCCCGGGAAUCAUGGGAUAACAAUUGCUUGAAGUGAUGAUUUAUACCCUACGGGCAGACAUUUUGAAAAAGAGUCAGGGUGAAUGCUCAGCAAACAGAUCUGGCUGGAAGAGGCUGGUCAGUGCGUUCAUGCCCACUCUCCCUCUUCCCCAUUCUCAGCCAGUCGAGAUCAGUGGUGCCAUUGAGGAGGAAUUCACCGUUGCCCGGCUCUACAUCAGCAAGAUCAAAUCGGAGGUGAAGUCUGUUGUGAAGCGCUGCCGGCAACUGGAGGGACUGCAAGUCGAGUGUCACCGCAAGAUGGAGGUGACAGGGCGAGAACUGUCUUCCUGCCAGCUCCUCAUCUCUCAGGUCAGACCUGUGGGAGCCAGGACAGAAGAACUGCAGUCAUGGGGAAGUGGGGCUUUGAGAAUGUGGAACAAGUUAGGGAACCUUUUUUGGCUUGGCAGGCCAGACCUUUAUUUUCCUGCCCCAACCUUGACAGGUUGGUGAUCCUGCCCACCAUUCAAAGCUGGCCUGUGCAAGGAGAUUGUGAUCAAGGAGGACUGAUCUCCUGCUUUCUGAAGGGUGCACCAAGAGGGUGCACAUGGGGAAGUCCCUUGCAAAUCCAAACCAAGUGGAUUGAACUCCUCAUGCAUCUGCAGAUGUAUGAGGAGUUAAAUCCUGUUUCCUGCUGCAUGAGCAGCCAACCAGCCAGGUCUCUACUGCUACACACCUGACAACAGGUGUGGGGCAGCUGGAUGUGGUUUGGAGAAAAUGGCUUCACAAGCUGAUUGGGCCAGAUCUGACCUGCGAACUGAAGAUUCCCCACCCCUGAGGUAGAAGGAUUGUGGGGAGGCCCUCAGUGUUUCCCAAUACUAAAAAACAAAAACAUCCGGAAGCAUAGGCACUGAUUGCCCUUACCUCGACCCAGGGAGACAGGCUGGGCUUUGCUUUGAUCCAGGGCAAAUGGGGGCAGCUAGGGUAGUGCAUCUUUCUCUAAUUCAAGAGCAGUGGUGGGGCUCCUGUGGUCCUCCAAGUGCUGCUGGACUCCCAACUCCUGCCAUCCCAAGCCAGCGUGGUUAGCAGUCAGGGAUGAUAGGAGUCUUAAUCACUUGAGGGCCCACAAGUUCCCCCUUGCCUGUUCUAGAUCCUUAUAAACCAGAGUGCAAAAGGAAAGUAAAUCUGACCAAGAAGAUAUCUGACUUAACAGGCUUCCUCUUUCCUCCUAGUGGGGGCAGGAAGGAGAUCACUUACAAGGUGGUUCCAUCCCAUCUGCUCAGGUGACUUCUACCUAAUUCUAGCAGCUUUUGUGGUCUUGGAUCAGUUCCUUUCCAAUUCAGAGAAAGCAUUCCAGCAGGGUUGGAUCCGUUAGCUUACCUCUCAGCUGAAAGGGAUACAUUUGGUUGCAUUCCACAAAACUAAUGUUUGGGGAGGCUGGCAAGCCUGUCUCCCCAAUGUGAGGACUUUGAAAGCCAUUGCACACUCAGGUUUGCUGUGGGGUACACCCUUGACAGUAGCUUCAACCUUGCUCUCUGAGAAAUAUGCUAACACCUAUUUGCUGUCCUGUCCUGACCAGGGGGCAUGGCAGGUGCUGUAGGGUGGCUCAAGGUCAAACUGGAUAGGCUGUUAAAUGCACCUUUGUAUUUGAUGUACCUGUAAAAGUUAUCUCUUGCUUGUUCUUCUCCCUGCAACCCCCCAGCAUGAGGCAAAGAUCCGCUCACUUACGGAGUACAUGCAGAGUGUGGAGCUAAAGAAGAGGAACCUGGAGGAAUCCUAUGACACUCUGAGUGAAGAGCUAGCUAAACUGCAAGCCCAAGGUUAGGCUGUGCCUUGGCUUAUAUCUGAUGCAGAACAUGUGAAUGGUUGCAACAUUUGUGCCAGAAAAUGGUGCUUGUGUGUGUGUGUGUGUGAGAGAGAGAGAGAGAGAGAGAGAGAGAGAGAGAGAAAGAAAGAAAGAAAGAAAGAAAGAAAGAAAGAAAGAAAGAAAGAAAGACGGAGACAGCUGCAUAAUGUGUUUGACUGUUAAAAGCAGAAUCCUUGAUCAUCUGAUUACACUGGGGUCUGCAAUCUAGUUUGCUGACAAGCAACCUUCAGCAGAUUCAAGCGCUUUUUUUCAUUUUCAAAGUGUUUUAUGGUCUUCAUUGUUUACUCUCACAACAACCCUGUGAGGCAGGCCAUUUUAAUUUCUACUGUACAGAUGAGCUAGUUGAUUAGUUGUGUUAUUCUUUAAAUGGACAUGGACUCCACCCCAUGGCUGCACAGAAGCUGAGAGAUUAAGCUGUGACAGUGACUUGCACGCUCAAGAGGUCACAGGGUAAAUUCAAGGGAUAGGAUGGCCAUGUCUCUAAUUCUGGCUGUACCCCAAGGAUUAUUUAUCCUCCUCCUUCUCUUUCACAGAGACUGUUCAUGAAGUGGGCAAGGAGAAGGACUUGAUCCAGGAUACAGAUGAAGUGAAGGUUCGUAUCACAGCAGUGUCCUGCCUGGUUCAAUCCCCGGCGUCUCCAGGCAGGGCCGAGGUAGCCCCCUGAAGAGCCACUGCUAGUCAGUGUGGACAUUACUGAGUUUAGAUGCACCAAUGACCUGAAUCAGAAUAAGGCAGCUUCCUCUGUACUUGUGGAGAGGAUCCAAGGUGUGUGUGGCCAUGUUCCUGGGUUUGGCUUUCUGCCUUUCUGACCUGUUUCAUCCCUAUCACACAGAAGGCCCUGGAAGUGCAACUGGAGAGCCACCGUGAGGCCCACCACAAACAGCUGGCGCGACUGCGUGAUGAGAUCAACCAGAAGCAGAAGAUCAUCGAUGAGCUCAAGGAGUGAGUCAUCCUGAGGAUGGGCCAAGUCUCUUCCAUGGGUGGGAUGUGGUGCACCACGUAGUGUGGGUGGGUCUCGUGAUGAGACAGGCUGUGCAGAAGUUGGGAGACUUGGCGUACUAGCAGGGCCCGGGUGGGGGGCUGUUGUGGGUUGGAGCUGAGGCAAGGCUUGGAAGGUCUGGGCUUCUGUGAGAAGCAGAGGAGACAAACCAACCACAGCCACGUAGCUUAUAGGAGGUAAGAACCAGAAGGAAAGUCAGAACCAGGAGUGAGGCAGGAGCCACUUUGGGGCUAAUGGCAAUGCAGCUCAAAGCUGUUGUGGUGUGUGGGAUGCAAGUCCAUGCCCCUAGUGUGAUAUAAAGCUAGCUGAGUGGAGGUGUUUAGGAAGCACAUAUCCAGUAAGGAGCUCCAGGCAGCCAGUUCAGGGCUUGAGCCAGGCUCUCACAGCUUGGGACAUAUGUGGACCACAAACUUGAACCAAUUUUAAAUGUGAUUGUUCCCCCUUCUAAGAGUUGGGGUUCUGACAAGGAAGCUGGGAUUGACCAACCCCCUCCCCCUGAAACAAAACACCCUCCACUUCCCAAAGUUAUUGGGUUUAACCUGGUUAAAAAUCAGGUUGUCAGGGCUAGGAAUGUGUCCAAGACUGGUAGCAGUGGAAAGGCUUAAGCAAGUGGGUGAGUCAAGCAGCAGUGUCUGUGCUUUGUCCCAAUUUGGGGGCUCUCAAGGACUGCAGGCCAGGGCUCUUUCGUCUCUCUCUGCCUCAAGCAUUUAACAUUUGCUUCCUGUGUUGAUCUGAGGGGGAUAAGACCUUUAAGAAAGCACGGGAGUCAAGUGACGUGUUUGCUGUCCCUGUGUUAGUGUCCCUGUUUUUCUCUCUAUUCUAUCCCUGCUUAGCUUGAACCAGAAAUUAGAGCUUGAACUGGAGAAACUGCGUGCUGACUAUGAGAAACUCAAGAGUGAGGAACAGGAGAAAUCCCAGAAGCUACAGGAGCUGACGUGAGAAGGCCCUGCUGCCCUUCCUUUCCCAGACACUUUCAGCGGACUCUGCUCAUCCCAACCAAGGAGCAAACCACAAGAGAAACAAAAGCCAGCAUCUGAGAGCAACCACCUCUGUCUAGACCAGCCUUCCCCAACCUGGUGCCCUCCAGGUGGUUUGGACUACAAUUCCUGCCAGCACAUGAUGCUAUCUGAGGCUGAUGAGGAUUGUAGUACAAAACAUCUGGAGGGCACCACAGAGGGAAUGCUGAUAUUGACCUACUGUGCUUAGAGGGUGGAGGGGGCAUAGCUAAGUGGUGGAAUACAUGCUUAGCAUGUAGAGGUUCCCAAUUUCAAGCCUUCACUUUAAAAAGGAGAAAGUGUUGGGAAAGACUCUCUGCCUCAGACCCUGAAGAGCUGCUGCCAGUCAGAGUAGACAAUACUAGCCUAGGCAAUCUGACCCGAUAUAAGGCAAUAUCCUAGAUUUCUCCUGCUUUGACAUGCCACUUCAAAGGCUGAUUUCCCAUGCCUUAUGCUUGACAAGGUAGUUUGGGAAUGAGAGAAACAUGUUGACAAAUAUGGGUGUAUUAUAUAGGAAUACUUACCACUGAAGCAGAGUUGCCUGCAAAUCUCUUUUGCAUGCAUACUUGGUAGCAGACUUGUGUGGAAUGGUCCUCUAUUGCAGUUACAGAUAGGUAACUUUAAAAGGAGGAAUAGAAAUGGGUGUAAGAUUGAGCAUUUUCCUGGUAAAAGAGGAGACCAGUGCAAAGCAGGGAAAUUGCUCCUUGAUGUAGAAGCUAGAUGUCAGAAUGCUCUUCUCAUUUCUCACUCCUAUAGUGUGCACCUUUCCCAUCCCACCGCUGACCCAAUCGCAUUGGCCCCAGUGCUGAGAAACUCUUAACAGAUUUUAGGAGCGGGCAUUAGCCAAGAUUCCGCUUUCCUAAACCCUUGUGCACGAUCUCCCUCUCCUCCACUUCAAGCACCCCUAAUUAGAGAUAAGCACAUAGCUCCACAUGCAGGUUCUGGGCCUCCAUGGAAUAGGAAGAAUGCUCUGUAACAUUCUAGAGCUCUCGCUAGGGAAGUGGUAACUCAAAUCCCCUCUCAUGAGAGAUUUCUACCUGCCUGUGCAUGCCUUGAGACUAGGGGUAAGCAGCUUCCUGCUCAGUUCUCCAUUUUUCUUCCACCACCAAGUCACCCCCCCCCAAUAUCAGUGCCCUCAUCAAUGGGUGAUAAGGACCAAUGGGUGAGUCACCAGUAUGGAGGCUGUGGGCCCAUAUGUGUCUGCAGAAGCUUUCAUUGGUGCCCACAGGGUCUCCUCCAACUUGCUGGAAUUGGUCUCAAAAGAAGAUUUCUUCUACCAAUAGAUUCCCCCCACCCCAGCCUAAUUUGGGAAAAUUCAGGGGGGUUACAGCAGGGGAAGAGAGAGUUGCAGCAUGUGUGUGGCACCCGCAACAGUUUAUCUGGUUUGCAAAUAUGUCCAGGCCCCUCCUAAAAUUUGCCCACCUCUUGAUCAUGGUGAUCAGGGGCCUGAUUAGUGCCUGCCUCCCUCCCUUGCCAGAUGCUGGGGUCUAGUCCUUGACAUAGGGGACAGCAGAUCCUUGCACUGCCAGUUCUGCUUCAAGGAGCGCAACUGGACCCUUCUUCCCCACUCUCCACAUACCGCUUUGACCAUCACUGUCUAUCUUCUUCACAGAUUUCUGUAUGAGCGACAUGAGCAGUCCAAACAGGACCUCAAAGGGCUGGAGGAGACUGUUGUAAGUAGCUAAAGAAGAAGUGAAGGAUGGGGGCAGGGGGAUGGGGGCAGGGAGCUGGGCUGAAGCCCCCAGUCUUGUCUCACCACUUCAUCCCUGCCUUUCUUUUCGUACCCCUCCAGGCCCGUGAACUCCAGACCCUCCACAACCUUCGCAAGCUGUUCGUUCAAGACGUCACGACUCGAGUUAAGAAAGUAUGUUGUUGUUCUUUUAGCCAACUUCAUUGUUUAUUCAGCAUUUAUACAGGGUUCCCUAGGGAAAUCUGUUCCCCUCCUGACUCCCACCUCUCAUCAGCCUUAACUUGCAUGGGCCAGUGAUCAGGGAUGAAGGGAGUUGUAGUCCAGCAAUAACUGGAGGAUGACAGGCUCCCCACAAACACUUUAGAGGGUUGAGAACCCUUCACAUACACUCAGAAAUCCUUAUAACAAAUGUUUAAAGGCAUGUUAGUGGCGCUAGCCCUAUGUUGCACCCUGAAGGAGUCGGCUAAGCCUGGGAGAUGGUGGCUCACCUAAGGCCAUCAUGGCAGAGGCAAGAUUUGAUCCAAGCACCUCCCGCUUCACAGCUCUGCUCUACACUAGCUGCUUACUUCUGAAACCCUUGGCUUUCAGCAGCACAAAAGGAAACCUGGUUGAGCCCUUAGUCAACUCUAAAACUGACCAGUGCUUUGAUUUUAAAGAGGGAGCUAUGGGGCCCCAAACCUGCCUGCAGGCCACAUUCCCCAGGAAACCCAUUUCCAUUCUUACUGGAAAUUCAGCAAGUCACUCCACAUGCUCUGGCCCAUUCAGAGCCAGCUGUGUCUCCCAUUCCAGGAUACACCAGCGCUGUCCUUAAUCCUAUGCUAGCCUCAUUAUAUCAUUCAUAAUAACAACCACCACUACCACCACCACCACCAUAAUAGCCUCCUUAUUAUUCUGGAGCAAGCCACCCAAGGAAGCCUCCCAGAACCCUGCCUAUUUUGGGGCUGGCCAAUCAAACGAAGGGAUUGGGUUUGGAUUCUGGUUGUGUGGCUGCAUAACUUUGGCUGGGUUUUCUAUCCCAUCCCAUUCACGCUCCUAGAGGUACAAGUUCACUCUGUAUUUGCCUUCCAGAGCGCGGAGCUGGAACCCGAGGAUAGCGGGGGGGCUCAUUCCCAGAAGCAGAAGAUUUCCUUUCUUGAGAACAACUUGGAGCAGCUUACAAAAGUUCACAAACAGGUGAGUGGGUGGAUGGGAGCUGGAGAACCAUCAUAAGUGGGGUGGGUGGAUGGGGGUGGAGAACCAUCUGGGCAAGGUAAGACAGCUGGUGAGUGCAGCCCUGUUUGUUUAUUUAUUUAUUUAUCUACACUCAGCCCUCUGGGUGGGAAGCCUCCCCCCCUCCUUCCCCACUCCGCAUUGUCUCUGUGUAUUGUAGCAGCUGUGAAUGUUUCUUCAUGACACCCUCUACUUUGCUGGAAACGCUAUCUGGAUUUUCUCCCAGUCCCACCCCCCUCCACUCGCAAAACCAGCUUGGCAGAAAGCACUGCAUGGGUGGCUCAUACACUCAUCCCUGCUAGAUAUAUUGUCUCUGUGGCUAUCCCCUUCCCUGAUCAAACCUUGCUUACACCAUUUAGUACGGUUUUUGCUUAGUUCAGGGACCAGGGGACCUGUGACUCUCCAGAUGUUGUUGGACUCCCAACUUCUAUCAGGUCCAGCCAGCAUGACUUAUGGUAAGGGAUAAUGGGAGUCAUAGCCCAUCAACGUUUGGAGGGUCACAGAUUCCCCAUCCCUGACUUAGAUCUUCUCCCCCUUCCACCAUACCAGAGCCACUCCUGCCAACGUGGCUCUGGUAUGGUGCCAGAUUUAGAUCCUGGGCAGCUCCUAAAAUAGGCACAGACUUCCAGUUUGUGCUGAGCUAUCUGCACGUUUGUUUUGCCCACCUGCAACAUUCUGCCCAUCUUACUGUGCCACUGCCGAGAAACGCUUGCCAAGCAACCCCCCUGCAGUGGUGGUGUUUGGGCUGAGAGUGGCGUUUGGGUCUAAGUGGGAAGGCUCUGUGUUGUUUAUGUAUCUUUCUUCUGACUGUGUAUGGGGUGCUGAUGUGGGCAGGGGCGACCUGUCCUAUUUUGCAACCUGAGGUGAAGCGGGAAUGUGCCACCUCCUGCCCUACUGUCAUGCCGCAAGAUUGCUAGACAUCUCGGAAGUAAAACCCACCCUCUGGCUGAUUGACACUCCAGGCUAGCCAGUGGUUCGAAGAGAACGGGGGAACUGUUUCCUGGAGCAGCAGCUUCAGCCAAAGAGUGACAAUGGCAACAACUCAUUCAAAGCCAAUUCUUUGCUUUGCCUUCUCAGUAAGCGGCUUGCCCAGGAAACGAGCUCUUCUAAAAGAAAGCAGGCGGCUACCCCUCCCUCUCCCCCCCAUUUCUUUCUCACUCACACUGGUUUUCUUUUGCUUCAACCAUAGUUAGAGAGCUCAUCUCAGCUAAAAGAAAAGAACUCACCCAGAAACUCACAGAUGGUACCUAACACUACAGAAACCAGUGCUGAUAUGCCCAGGAGCCUCACCAAAAUGCUGGAGAGGCUGCACCUCCAAAGGCCCAUACCUUCACAUGUGGUGGGAAUGCCCCAUAAUCCAACGCUUUGGGGCAGUAGUCCUACAAAAUAACUAAACAGGUAUUAGAAGUCGCCCCAGUACUGGCCCUAUUAAACAUUUUCCAAUAUAAUAAUGCCCACUCACAUUAUAAAGCGCUUAUAACCCACCUACUCUCAGUAGCCAGAAGCACCAUAGCCGGGCACUGGAGAGACCUGUCAGGAGUGAACAUGGACCAAUGGUAUCAAAUAGUAUGGGAAACACCCUUACUAGAAAAGCUAACCAAUAAACUGAAACUGACACAAAUACGGACAAAUAGAAGAAGAUGCCUUCACCCCAGUAUGGUUCCCCUUCAUCAUAUACACAGCCCAACAAGACAACAAUAAGAAUACGCUGACAGCAUAUGACUCAAUAUGGCCAACCUGAUCCAAAAAUCCAUCCCCUCACACACAUAUAAACAAAUCUCACUACAGCCAACCAAAGACAACCAACCAAAUCCUAGGCCAGUCCCAACUUCUCUCACCACCAAGGAAAUACAACAGGUUAAUAGUAAGAGACAGUAGUGAUGUAUGGAAGUGAGAGCUGGACCAUCAAGAAGGCUGAUCUCCAAAGAAUUGAUGCUUUUGAAUUAUGGUGCUGGAGAAGACUCUUGAGAGUCCCAUGGACUGCAAGAAGAUCAAACGUAUCCAUUCUUAAGGAAAUCAGCCCUGAGUACUCCCUGGAAGGCCAGAUCCUGAAGCUGAGGCUCCAAUACUUUGGCCACCUCAUGAGAAGAGAAGACUCCCUGGAAAAGACCCUGAUGUUGGGAAAGAUGGAGGGCACAAGGAGAAGGGGACGACAGAGGACGAGGUGGUUGGAUAGUGUUCUCAAAGUUACAAACAUGAGCCUGACUAAACUGCGGAAGGCAGUGGAAGACAGGAGUGCCUGGCGUGCUCUGGUCCAUGGGGUCACGAAGAGUCGGACACGACUAAACGACUAAACAAAAUAGUAAGAGAAUCCACACAAAUGACGCUGACACAAAACCCGGCACAUACGCUAAGUAGAAGAAUAGAAGCAUUACCAUCCCACCCUACCCUCCUCCCUUUCCCCCUCUCUUCUUACCAACCUUAUACUGUAUGCAGCACUAAUAUCUCACAACAAAUGAAACUCAUCUGUAGGAAACACAGCUUGAAAAAAUAGACAAUGCACGUAUUUUUGUAAACUAAGAAAUCUUUAAUAUAUAUAUAUUUUAAAAAACCUCAGCAACCCAUAGAGAGCUUUCUCUCUAACCUAAACUUGCUGAGGUAGCCAGUGGCAGAGAAACCCUCAAAGGAAGCAGGAGGUUGCCCACCUGCACACACCCCCGGGCCAACUCUCUCUCUUUCCAGAUUCCUCCUACCUGUCCCUUAUUUUGCCCAUCCAAAGGUGGCAACUCUAUUUAGAAAAGUGAAGUGUGCAUUUGCUUGCUCUCUCUCUUGACCGUAUGUGUAAAGUGCAGGGACAAGGGUAGGGAAGUGAUCAGAGAGAGUGCUGCCAAUGUCACACAUGAAAAAAAUCCAAAUAUUCUCACUGGCCUAAAAGGUGGGAAACCUCUGGCGUAACAGUCCUGCAGCCACAGAGACAGCACUUGAGCAGCUUAGUAGGGGAAAGGUAGAAUAUACACUUUGCCUGCAGAAAGACCCAUGUUCUUCGAUUCCCAGAAUCUCCAGGCAGCUUUUUAUAUACCAGUGGGCAUGAGGGUAAUAGGCUUAGAACAUGUAACCUGGUUGCAUGCAUGUGUGCGGUCAAGAAGGCAUCUCUUGUUCUUUUUCACCUCUCAUGCUUCUUACAUUUUAUUCUGUACCUUCUCCAAGGCUUUAGAGUAAUAAACAUGGGGUCAGACCUACACGGUUGAGCGAGUCCAAAUUCUAUAUGUGGCCUGAAAGAGCUUGCCAACAGCAAGGGAAAUAAAAUUCACUGGUGGAAACUUGCAGUCUGAGGGGCACUGACGCCAGGGCAGCCUAGGGACAACACCAACCCAGUGCUGAUGUUACAGAUGUGAAAGGGGGUUCUAUGCCAAAUCCACAUGCUCCUCCCAUUCACUUCCUCUCCCAAAAUGUUGUUAUCAUCUACAAUCACCUGUGUUUUUUUGAGGGGGGGUUGUAGAGGGGGACACUAGAAUUGCUUCCAGACAUCCUGCUUAUUGAGCAGCCAACCUGAUUUGUUUGCAUAGAGAUAAGUCAAAACUGGCUGCUUAUUGAGCAUGCAUUCUUAUUUGUCUUCAUUGAUGUGAUGCUGCUUCAAGAGUUACCCCACCCCUUUCCAAUGCUUUCUCCCACCACUUUCCUUAUUGCAAAAAGUCAUUUUUUAGGGGAAGUGAGUUUGUUGCAGAGGAGUGCCAAAUCCUCUGUAACUGCCCAACCUGAAUUUGCCCAUAUGUGAUAGAAUCCCACCUGAAAGCAGUGGCAGUCUGGAAGCACCCCAGGGUUCCUCAUUUGUCCCCUGGCUGCCAUGUGAUCAGCCAUUAGUGAGGACUAAUGUGAGUCAGGCCACCUUAUUUUCUUUCUCUAUUACAAACAAGACUCCUGUGCAAACUGGAGGGGGUUUUGGUAGCUGGGUGGGAGGAGUAGGCAGGCUCCAGAUCCUGAAUCAAAUGAUGGGGCAAGGAGGAAGUGGAUAUUGAUCAUGAGGGCUUGCCAUGUGUUUAGAGGUGAAUGGCUCUUUUACAGUUCUACCCCCUUUGGAGACUUGUGUGCUAACCACUGGAAUGGACUGGUUCAGUCCAAGGUUGGGUGGGAGCAGGAAAACAAUGAACCUCAGAAUGGAUGCUGAACUGACAUUUGCUGUAUUCAUUUCCUGCCUUGCUUCCCAGCCCAGACUUUCUCUGGAUUGUUUGUGUGUCUAAGCUUUCACAUCCUUCCAUUAUCCCUGCUGUUAUCUCUUUCCCCCAUAGAAUUCUCUGUACUUAGCAGAUGUUGGGCUGGUGUGUCCUACCCAACAGUUCAGCCCCAAAAAGAGGAGUUCCCUUGCUUGCAGCUCUAGGAAGGAAGGAUGGGUACUGUCUUCAUACAGUCAGCCAUAGGCACACUCUGCUGCUGGGGUGUUUAACUUGUCCCUCUCUGAGUAUACAGAGCAGGGUUUGGCUGGGGACUCUGUCAGGGUGCUCAGUCACUGUCUGUGUCCCCCUUUUCCCCUCGCUGCUGCACCCUAGUUGGAUCGCUGGGUCUCCAAGGUACCGUAUGGCCUCUCCCCCAUGUUUAUCCGCCUGCUGUGCUGGGCAGGAAAUGUUUGCACUUGGUGACCAAAUUGGGAGCACAUGCAUAUGGGGGGGGCAGUCAGGUGUCUGUUUCCUCCUCACCAUUUCACUGCCAUGGCAAGCCUAUCCACGUUGACAACUGUGGCAUCAUCUGGUACUAGGCCUCUCACUGCUACCAUGACAACCCCAGUCACUGUGGCCUGCAUGGCUGACACCAUGGCCCCAUUCUUGGCAAUCUCAUGUGUGACUUCUAUGGCAUCUGGCAGUUCUGCUGCCAUGGCAACACUGACCAGUUUUUGCCUGUCCAUCAGCAGCUGCUACAAGGGAAAGAAACAGUGAAAUAAAAGUGAGUUGCUCCUUUCUAAAUUCUCAACAGCGGCUCUCUCUCUCUCCUCUGCUUCAGGAAUAGGUGGGGGUGUUGUAAAGAUUGGAAAUGGCUAGUUUUGGACUCUGGAGAAACUCACAGAUCAAGGCCCUGUGGUUUUCUGGAAAGGCAUGAUUCAAAAGCCCCCAGCCCUCCCCCCACCCCCAAUAUCAAUCUCUCAGAUGUGGGAGUCAAAUGUUAUCACCUCAGAUAUUUUCUCCCUCUCCCUUGGAGGCUGUGCUUCCCAGUGGCUCCCCUAUUUUUUUUUUAUAUAAUCAUGCUGGUGGCUGCCCCCCCCGCGCUUAUUCUCCUCUUGCUGCCGUGCUCUUGACCUCCUUGCAUGCUGCUCACCCGCCUGCCUGUAGAUUAUAGAGUUUGUGUUUGACGGGAGAGCUAAAGGAAUGCCUGGGCCUGGAGAAGGGAGGCGCUCACCUUCAGACCCUCAAUUUGCACCUCAUGGUAUUCUCCUGUGCUGCAGCAUGGUGCACGGCUUGGAUCUGUGACACUUGGGCAAAGACUGGGACCCACCAGCUUAGAGAGAGCAAGGGGUGGAUGCUACUUUGAAUGGACGGGAGCUUGUCACCAGCAUCCAGGCUGAAGAUAGGUUCUAAUGAAUACAGGUUCAUAUGUCUUUGAUCACAGAUGGAGUACAUUUGGCACUCCAGGUGUUGUUGAACUCUAGCUCCCACCUGCCCAGGCUAGAACAACCAGUGGUCAGGAAUUAUAGAAGUUGGAGCCCAGCAAUAUAUGAAAGGCUAUAGAUUCCCCAAUGCUGCCUUUAAUACAGAGGUGGCUAACUGGUCACUCUCCAGAUGUUGUCAAACUCCAGUUCCCAUCGUCUCUGACCAUUGGCCAUGUUGUUGAGGGGCUGGUGGGAGUCUAACAACAUCUGGAGGGUGACACUGGUCAACCACCUCUGCUUUAAUAGAUGUGCAACAGGAGGAAUGUCCCCCCCCCACCAUAUUAUCAUAGCCCUGCUAUGGUGGCAGAAACUAUAUUUACUAAAAAUGCCCUUCUGUGCAACUCUUUCAAUGUCUGAGAGCUCUGCCAUCUCUUCAAACUAGGAGGCCCAAGACUAGUUCCACAGUAUGAUCUCACAGAUGUGUUGGAUUCACUAGCUGGGUGUUCAGACACAGGACAAGAGUAAGAAUCCAGAUGCUCAGAGGCCACGGAUGCCUUCCCAGAGAUGAGGGGGGUGUUUAACAUUCUUGCAGAACAUAUAUGGUGUGAGAAGUGGGCAUGUGAAGCUUCUGGGACAGGGUCCAAAACAGGGCGCAAGUGUUUUUCUGGAAAUGGGAGGCAAAUGCCUGGAGGACUGGCAGAGUAGAAAUGCAUGGGAGUGAGGGCAAGGGCCAGUGUUUUGGGUCUUCAGAGGCCCCUCGACCUCCUCUUCUUUAUCCAUACUCCCUUUUUCUCUUCUCUCCCUGUGAACUCAUGGGGCUCAGCUGGUUCGCGACAAUGCAGAUUUGCGUUGUGAGCUUCCUAAACUGGAGAAACGUCUUCGGGCUACGGCUGAGAGAGUUAAGGCCCUGGAGGGUGCACUGAAGGAGGCUAAGGAGGGUGCUAUGAAAGACAAGCGUCGCUACCAGCAGGAGGUGGACCGCAUCAAGGAGGCAGUGCGCUACAAGAACAGCAUGAAGCGCAACCACUCUGCGCAGAUUGGUAAGCAAGCAAGCAGCAAGUGGGGGGGUGUUGCAUGUGGAAAUUGCUGGUACUGUGGUAACCUUAUGUAUGCACAUUCAGAUGUUGCAUCUCACUGUGUUCAGUGAGGAUGGCUCUCUGAUAAGAAUUGAUUAUUUGAUUUCUAUUCUGCUUCAUAUAUUUAAAAUAUUUCUAAGUGGUGUACAAAAAAGAAGCAACAACAGACAACUUAAACAUCUUACAAAAAUAGGCAGGUACAUAUAAAAAUGUUACAUUAUUACAAAGUUAAUAAUAUAUAAAAAUCAGUAUCAGUUCAUUUCCAUCUCAGCCUCUGGGUUCUCACCCAGGGCCAAACAAACUCAGCUCACCCACAAAAGUCUCACAAUGAGAUGAGUUCCUGGAGACAGUGGAGAUCACCCUAGUCUUUGAUUCUAGACUCUCUUUUUAUGGGCAGUUUAAGGUGGGAGGAGAUGGAGGGUAAGUUCUGUUGCACAAGUGCAAGUCCUUGUACAAAUGGGAUGACUUGUUGGCUAGGACCCUGAAGUUCUUGUGGUAGCUUACGACACAUUUAAAAUACAAUAAAAUGGACAAGAGUUACUAGAGUGUGACAUAGGUAUUGACAUUCCAGCUGAGUCUUCUGGUCUGUUAAUGGCUGCCAAAGCAAUCAGAAGCUGAGUACUUCACAGGGCAGGACUUCCUCAUUGGGUUGCUCCAGAUGUUUCUCAUUGCGGCUCUGGUGUCAGAUGCAGGAGGCACUGGAGGAGUAAAAGUGCUAGAGGCCUCCCCACCCCUCUUCAGAUGUUCCAGCUAGGAAACUCUAUAAAAUACCAUGUAUGUUGAUGCUGCUGUGGACAUUGAUAGCUGGUAGGAAGGAAGAAACUUGCACACUGGCUGUUCUAAGAGCCGUUGGCUAAGCUACGCGGGGGAGGAGAAGCUCAGAAUGAAUAAAUGAAUUAAUAUGUUGUGCUAUGUCUGCUAUCUGUGUCCCUUUGCAGCCAAGCCGGUGCGGCCAGGGCACUACCCAGCUUCAUCCCCCACCAACGCCUAUGGUGUCCGCAACCCUGAAUGCAUCAGCUACACCAACAGCCUCUUCCAGAACUAUCAGAAUGUCUACCUGCAGAAUGCUGGCAGCACUGUGCCUGACAGCUAGUGAGUAUCCUUCGCCUGUUCAGAAGAAUAAUGUGCAAACUACUUAUGGCUCACUAAAAUCCCACCCUCUGGCUUAAAUCAAGGCCUACUUGAUAGGCUUGCCUAGUCCUAUUCCCAGGCCAACCUUUUUGAACCAAGAGGCAAGGCUUUUUGUCCCCUGGUUCAUAUUCUGUUUUCCACCUCACAUCAGAUCAGAAACUCUGGCUCACCAGUAAGCAGCUGCAUAUCAUGGAUAAAAGAAUUUUAUUAGACUGAGCUGUUGCUGGAGAUGAUUAAAAAACCUCAGCUGGUACAGUUCAACCUACUUAAAAAAAAAAUUCUUAAUAAAUGUUCAUGGAGAUAUGAACUAUUGAAAUAAUUAUUGCAGUCAGGAUGGAAAAUUGUGAAAUGGACUUUCUUGCUCCCACUGGUGAUUUUAUGAGAUGUGUACCCACCCCGUUUCCAGACUAUAUGCAGUGACUCCCCCAAUGGGCAUAUGGUCUCCUUCUAUUCGCUAGUCAGAUCUUGCAAGCACUCACAAUCCAUGUCUUUCCUCCCCAAGCCCAUUAGGAAGCACUUUGCUUUGGAGUCCUCCAAUCAGCCCUUUCCCCCCACCCCACCAGACCAUAGGUGGAAAGAGUCCCAGACUUCCAUUCAGCCCUCACAAAUCACUUUCUCUGCUUUUCACCCACCCAGCUUUACCAAUGCCUCUUCCAGCAGUGGGAGCAGCUCCUCCAAUGCCCCUCUGACCUCCUAUCAGAAGCUCAAUGUGGAUAACGGUAAGGGGCUGGGGCAGUGAGAGAUGCAUGUACAGUCAUGGGGCAGGAGAGUGCCUCGGGGAGAUGUAUACAUUCACUUCUUUGAACUGACUGUAGUUGCCUCUGAUGGCUGCCUGGGAUCUUUGUAGAGCCCACCAAACCAAGAGUAAACUUUUGUACAGCAGUAUUGGGUAUAUUGUGGACAGCGUUUAUCCUCUUGGGAGUGGGAUUGACUUCUCUUUGCACACCUCGGGGUCCCUUCCAACUCUACAAUUAUGUGAUUCUAACUUUAAUGCUGCCGUUUUUAUCCUUCUAUGUUAUUCACCUGGACCAUUGCCCAGGAAAUGCCACAGACAUCAAUGAUAACAGGUGAGAAACUGCAGGGUGGAACUCUGCUGAGGGAGGUUCCUUAUAGAUUGAAUAAAAUAGUUCCCUUGGUCAUUCAGGGUGGCUGGAUACCAAAAAAAGACUAUCACUUUCUGUGUGUAGGCGUAGGGGGGGAAAGUUGAAUAAGUGGGAGAGGGGAUGUCUGAGCUGCCGUGCAUUAAAUGUCCCUUCCUGUAGAAGUGACCUGCCCUGUGGGGUUGAAGCUGAUGAACAAGCCAAGCUCUUCCCGCUUCACCAGGAGACUGCAGCCAGCUAAUAGCAGCAGCAGCACCAACUUCCCUAUCGGGCCUCAACACACCAUCAGGUACAGCCUCCCCUGUUCUCCACAGCGGCUCAUCCCCUUUUCUGGGGCUCUUUUAAAACUGUGUCUUCUCAGGAAUCUAACAAGCCUUUCUUUCAACUCUCUCCACCUAUGCUGUUACUUUCUCUCAAGAUUUACCAAGCUGCACAGGACCAUAGAUAGGAACACAAGUACUCUCUCAUUGUGUACAACUUCAGAGCCCAAACCCCCAACAUAGUCCCUAAGAACUAGGAGACCGCUUCAUUAAAAAGAUGCCUGGCACAAGUAAGACAUCCUAUACCUACAGCAUCCUUUAAAAAGGACUCCUAGAGAUGGUACAGAUCCCACUAUUAACAUUCCACAGCUUGCCCACCAUCUGACAUCCCACCCACCCACCACACAAGCAGGAAGCCACAGGACUACCAGCAACAAUGCAAGCGUUCAAAUUUUCUCUUUAAAUGUUGCAUCAAAGGUAACAUUACAGAGAAUGUGUACAUAGGAAUAUAAGGAUAUAGGAAGUUGCUUUUACCAAGGCAGACCAAUGGUCCAUCUAGCUCAGUAUUGUCCAUGCUAACUGGCUGGUGCUCUUCAGGGUUGUAGACAAAGGACAUUCCCAGCCUUAUCUGAAGGCAUUUCCAUCCCUACAGUUACUCCCUGAAAGACUGGGGAGAGAGAUAUAUUUGCCCUCUCCUUUAUUUUCUUGUUAAAAAGCUCUCUGCCUGAGACCCUGGAGAGCCACUGCGAGUCAGAGUAGUCAAUACUCCAUCUUGAAGAAGGUAGUGGUGCGUUCCUUCCUUAUGAAGACCUCCCUGUACCCAUAAGUGUUAAAUCACCCAGUAGUGAAUACCUCAUUUUGAGCAAGGUGCUAGAAAGGAUGGUGGCAGCACAGCUUCAGGCUUGCUUGGAAGAAAUUGAGUAUGCAUCCCAGUAUGGCUUCAGGGCUGGUUAUGGCACUGAAACUGCUUUGGUCACCCUGGUUGAUGACAUUUGUCAGGAGAGAGAUGUGGGGAGUAUGGCCCUACUCAUUCUCUGUGAUCUCUUAGCACUUUUAAUACUGAGAGCCAGUGUGGUGUAGUGGUUAAGAGCGGUAGUCUCGUAAUCUGGGGAACCGGGUUCGCGUCUCCGCUCCUCCACAUGCAGCUGCUGGGUGACCUUGGGCCAGUCACACUUCUCUGAAGUCUCUCAGCCCCACUCACCUCACAGAGUGUUUGUUGUGGAGGAGGAAGGGAAAGGAGAAUGUUAGCCGCUUUGAGACUCCUGAAGGGGAGUGAAAGGCGGGAUAUCAAAUCCAAACUCUUCUUCUUCUUCUUGGUGACCAUGGUAUCCUUCUGGAGUGGCUCAGGGAGGUGGUGUUGCAGACGCUGUACUUCAGUGGUUCCACUCUUACUUCCAGGGGCAUUUCUAGAAAGUAGGUAUGGGGGGCACCUUUCAGUGCCAUAGGAGCUGUCCUUUGGUGUCCAGGAAAGUUCCAUCUUGUUCCCCAUACGCUUUAACAUCUAUGUGAAGCUGCUAAGCUGUCAUUAGGAGAUUUGGAGUGAUGUGUUACCAAUAUGUGGACCCAGUCUAGUUGUGAUUGCAAUUUGAUUUGAACUGUUGCUAAUACUGUAUUUUUUAUUACUGUAACCCACCCAGGGACCUUCCAGUGGUGGUGGGACUAGUAGGAGCAAUAAUAAUAAUAAUAAUAAUAAUAAUAAUAAUAAUAGGUGGAACCUUCCUCUUUUCCUAUACAUGCAGCUGGAGUGCAGGAGCCUGGUGUCUUGAGGCCAUCCCUACUUACUCUUCUCUUUCCCUUCUUUUUCUCUUCUCUUUUAGUUUCUAAAUGGGACGGAAGCCUCAACUCUGCAUGCUGCAGCCUGGCUUUCCAUGACCUCUGCUGCAAAUGGGCCCUGUUUGUGUGUCCUGCUCUCUCCAUGUCCUGUAUAUUUAUCCAGCUGCUGCUUCACUCCCACUGUUUCUCUGUUCUACUCACUUAACUCGACAACGAUGUAUUUGCUUCUUUCAUCGGGCCCCCUGCUCCUUAGUCCAGGAGCCUGGUGCCCCUUCUUCUUUCCUGCCUCAGUUGCCUUAAGGGACUGGCUGCCACUGAAGAACCCAGACAUAGAAGCACCCUGCUGUAGGAACAAGUUUCUGCCUAAGAGAGGGACAAUAAGGCAUCCCCCUCAAAACUUACUGAUCCUAGCCUGGCAAUGCUGGACCACUUUAGGGAUGGCUGGGAUAUGGUUUUCUGCAAAACAGAGCUGCUUACUUGUUGCUUUCAAAGCUCUGCUGGCCAUCUCCUUCAGUAGGUACAAUACAAAUGCUGCCUAUUCUUUGAGAAUGAGCUGAUCCCUUGUUAAUGAGGAAGGGUGAUCAGCUGAUGUUUUACCAUUGGGAACAAAGGAGGGAGCACAUAAUGGGGACUGUACAGUGGAGGAGGAGAUGGGCAGCCCCUGCUUAAGCCUGCAACUGGGCAUGAGGAACACAGGGGCUCCAUUCCAUUCUAUAAAGGGGAGACAAAGUUGUUUGGGGGGGGGGAGCGGGGGAAGAAUACAGUUUCCGGAGCAGACAGACUGGAUGUGGUUGUCAGUUCUGUAACAUGUCCCAACCAACCAGAAACACUGCACAUCCAAGUAGGCAGGGCUAGGGGUCUAAUGAUUCUUCAAAGUGGGACAAAAACGAGGCUGCUAUCAACACAUUUUUGGUUGCUCCUUUUUUGUGUCUCUUGAUAGCUGGGUCAGUGGCCUUUAGUCUGUUAUUUCUAUUUAUGUCCCUAAGGGGAAGAGUGAGUCCACUGCACAUCUUCAAUUAAUGUCACCACUUUUGAGUCACGCAGAGCAGACAGGGUUGGGGGAGCAGUGGGGAGAUGGCAGCUCUUAUGGGGGACUUACAGGUCUGUUUGCUGUCAAAAUGCUUAAUGGCAAUAGCCUUGUUUUGGCUGCCUUGCUGGAGCUGCUAACACCCUGUAACUUUAUUCCUGUCUGCUCAGAUCACACCAAAUGUUGCAUGUCAGAAUAUUAAGAAGUUUAUUUAAAAAUAAAUGAACAAAUAUGUUAAAAAAUAACAAUUUUGCAUUCUGUCUCUUCUUGUACAUAAGUUGAAGGAGUAUAGCUGGACAGGAUGAACUGCAAGAGGAACAAAAAGGUAUCUAAGGUGUGCGAGACAAAAAAUAUCAACUCAGUAGGUAGUCUGGCUGCAGUCUUUUUCAAAAACUGAAGAUACGUGAUAGGUUAAAUGCCAUCUUUGGCUAGUCAGACUUAGGUUGCUAUAUGAGCUUCACAGAAUUCUUCAUGAUACAUGAUGGGCAUAAACAAGUUUUGAGAUAUUCAAAGCAUAAGGAAGAUGGUGCUGCCUUCCCUCCUCAGAAGGAGGAUGGGGAAUUCCCAACAUAGAAUUAUAUUACAUUGCCAACUAAGUGCUCCACACAAUGCUAUACAUCCUAGAACAGGCAUAGGCAAAAUCGGCCCUCCAGAUGUUUUGGGACUACAACUCCCAUGAUCCCUAGCUAACAGGACCAGUGGUCAGAGUUGAUGGGAAGUGUAGUCCCAAAACAUCUGGAGGGCUGAGUUUGCCUAUGCCUGUCCUAGAAGAUAAAACGAAACAAUGGGUUCACUUGGAGACAGGCACAAUCGAAAACACCCCCACCACAUUUCUCCAACACAAACUAACGAAAAUCCCCACAACACUAAGCAGGUUCACAUGAAAAAUUAGGUAAACUGUCCCCAAUCCCAUCCCCACUAAUCCCCCUGGCUCAUCACCCACUAUUCCAGCAUGCAGCACAAAACCUCCAAAUAAAGACUUGGCAAGCCAAAGGCCUAUAUUACCUAAAACACCUACAAAAAUAACAUACCCAUAUCAACACAAGAAAUACAAGACAAAAUAGGGGACACUCAUAUACCUUUGUUAACACACCACCAACUUGCACACUUUCUUAAACAAUCCCACAGUAAAAUCAGUAGUCAUUGGCCCUUGACCACCUUCAAAAACUUUCUCCUGGCAGCAGAGGAAUAUGGCAGGGGCUUGGUAUCCAUAAUAUACAAAAUACUGCUUCGGAAUCCCACAAACCCCCUCAAUGCAAUCAAAAAACAAUGAGAGCAUGACAUAGGCUAUGAAAUGAACCCUAUCCAAUGGACUAGAAUGUGGUCUACAGCUCCCUUUAAAGCCAUCUCAGCCAAAAUAAAGGAUAUCACAUUGAAACUUGCUUACAGAUGGUACCUAACGCCACAAAACUGGUGCUGAUACACCCAGGAACCUCCCCAAAAUGGUGGAGAGACUGCACCUCUACAGGCCCAUACCUACACAUAUGGUGGGAAUGCCCCAUAAUCCGACCCUUUGGGGCAGCAGUCCUACAAUAAAUGUACAAAAUAACUAAACAGGUAUUAGAAGUCACCCCAGAACUGGCCCUAUUGAACAUUUUCCAAUAUAAUGCCCACUCACAUUAUAAAGAGCUUAUAACCCACCUAUUCUCAGCAGCCAGAAGCACCAUAGCCAGACACUGGAGAGACCUGUCAGGAGUGAACAUGGAUCGCUGGCACUAAAUCAUAUGGGAAACACCCUUACUAGAAAAGCUAACCAGCAGGCUGCAACUGACCUGGGGACAAUUAAAAGAGGAUGCCUUCACCCCAGUAUGGUUCCUCUUCAUCAUAUACACAGCCCAACAAGACAACAACAAGAAUCCGCUGACAGCAUAUGAAUUAAUAUGGCAAACCUGAUCCAAAAAUCAACCCCCUCACACACUUCGAAUGUAACUGAUCUAUUAAAAAAAAAGACUCUACCGCACGUACGUAACCAAAGAAAAUGAUUAAUAAAAAUUAUUUUUAAGAAAAAAGAAAGGUAGUGCUGAAUUCCCAAAUGCAGAUUGAAACAAAUCUGCAUAAGCAAUACUGUUCUAGAAAAUAGUAGUUGGGAGUGGGCAAUUUGCACAUUUAAGUUACAAAUGAUACAGUCCCAGGGUAUGAUCUGAGAGCACAUGAGACCACUUUGUAUGUUGAAGCUAAGCAGGUCUGGGUCCGGUCAAGGCUUCGAUGAGGUGACCUGGGAACUGCAUGCAUGCCACCUUCGGUUCAAUGAUGGGAGAAAGGUGGGAUAUAAAUGUAAGGAAAUAAAAUAAAAUGGCUAAAGUCAUUUACAUUGUUGAUAAUGGACAUCUUACAGAAUGUCCCAUAUUUGCAAAAAAAGAAUUAUGAUUCCAAAAGUGGACACGUGGGUGUGUCUUGGCAGGAGAGGUUUUUUCUUCCACUUACCCACAGUCUUCUUUUUGCUGAUGCGCAGCUGUAGACGCCCCUCCUGGAUUAGCUGGUGCUCCAUAAGGUCAAGGUUUUGCACAGCAGGGGCAGAAAAAAGCCGGCAAUUCACAGAGGGGAAGAGCGGGACAAGGCCAGGGAUUGGAGGGGAGGGUGAAGGGGAGGCUCUACCUGGAACUACCUGGCCAGUGGCUGGCUGCUCUUGCACAGAGAUAGGUCAUCCAGGCGCUGUUGGUAGACUUGCAGCUGCCAGUGGUUCUCUGCCUGCCGAUCCUGGAUGUUUUCCAGGAUCUCCUUGACCUCAUCACGGGCCAGGCAGAGAUACUGGUGCUCAUAGGUUGACUCUGAGCGAGGAAGGUGCAAAGAGAGAGAGUGGGGCACAGAGAUUGCCUGCAAAGUUGGUUUUAUUUAAAGCAACUCCCAGCACAAACUAGGAACAAGGCUGCAUUUAAAAGCAAACAGGUCUGGAAGGCAGAUGAGCAGCAGCAGCCCAGAUGCACAAGGCAAAUGGAUCCUUGUUUGCUGGUAGGAAAAAGUGGCCUAUGCCCUACAGCCUCAGGGGGCACUAAUGCAAGCAGACGGGGGUUGUAUAAACACACACCAUCGUCUCCCCCCCCCCAUCACCCUCUUGGGUGCUGGCUUUCCCUAGUAAGGCAGGCUCAAUGCAGCUCACAAUCUCCCAAAGAUAGAAAGCAUAUCAACAUGGAAUCAUGGAGAGAUGCAGCAGCUCUCCUGGGACACCCUCCCCACCACACAAAGACAUGGAGAAAGAGAGCUAUACCAUUGGUGUGCUGGAUGAUCUUACUCAGCAGCAGAGGGUAACUGGCCAGGCACUGCAGCUCACAAUCCAGGAAAUCGGUCAGUUGGUGGUCGUGGCAUUCAGGGCUGCUCUCAAUUUCCAGGGAAAGGCAGAGAAGAAAGCAGACAGACAGCAUGUUUCUGGACACCAGAGAAAGUCAGCCACCUCCAGGGUCACAAGCAGCAAAACCAGUGGGGUGAGCCUUGCUGCUCAGCUCCUGAAUGCUUAGGGAAUUCUCUGUUGGGGCAGCUGGGUUGCUGCUGUCAGAACAGAAGGCCGCCCCUCAUUCCAAGGACACCAAACCCAGGGAAAGCCCCCAGAACCCCUGCAAUCUCGCACCACCUGGAGAUUGGGGUGGCAUGGAGCUAGAGUUUACCCCCUAACCUACACCAUCUGGCUGGUUCUCCUGCACGUUUGCAUUUGCCCAGGGAGUGGGCAGCAGGGAGAAGAGGACAGGCCUCCUUCCCCUCCCCUCGCAUGGGAAAAGAGCCCCCCGGGGACAGUGGCCAGCUAGCAGCUGAGAAGGCCCCUACCGUGAGCUCAGCCUCCUCUUCUCACACAGCUUACCUGGAUGACACGCCAGAACCGAGCCUCCCUCUGCUGCUUCUCCUGAAGGAUCUCCCGGGCCCUGGCCUGCUGCAAGCUGCACUUCAGGACGGCCUGCCGGAGCUCCUCGCUUGCAGCCACACCAAACGGGGGGGAAGGAAGGAAGGAGGGGGGCAGCGGAGAGGAAACACACCUGGUGAGAAUCAGGAAAUCAAGGGCCAAAGUCCACUGGAGACCCACAAGCAGCCCCCUCCCAGUUGCCGCCAGAGUCUCCACCCUGCUCUGGGAUCCUUACCUUGGGAAAGCAGCAGGUCCCUGAUCUCCUCAAUGAGAGGCCCUUUCUCCUGCAGAUCCUUCAUUUUCCUCAACAGAGAACCUAGGAGGAGAGGGAAGAAACAUGGGAGGGGAGGUUGAACAAGGCAAUGGGAGUGGGGGAAUAAAGAAUAACCCCAGCAGAGACAGGAGGGGGAUGGAGACGGCCUGCUCUUUUUUUAAUACUACUUUCUCAGUGCUGGAGAGACCAGGAAUCUCAUUUGUUUAUGUCAUUUACACCCCACCUUAUCCUCCAAGGAGCUUAAGAGGGUUCCAUGGAUUCCCUCCUCAUUUAAUCCUCACAACCCUGUGGGGUAGGUUAGGCUUAGAGGCAGCAACUGGCUGCCACCUCCAUCCUCCCCUGCCCAAGGCAGUGGAUGCCUCUGAACAAUCCCCAUUCCUGGGGGGGGGGGGCGCAUUGUGCUUGCACUCCUGCCCUGCUGCUUGUGGGCCCCCCUGAAAACAGGCUGCAGGUCUAACUGGGCCCC